AUGAACCAAUCAGUGGGCUCGCUAAACGGAAGCCACAGGGUAACCGUCAUAGAUGGUAACCGUCACUUAUGUCCAAUCGGCACGGGGCGCAGUUGUUUGCCUUGCUUUUUGAAUCGAGCUCGAACAGUGAGCUGACGUCUACCCAGGAUUAGCUGUCAACAAACUAAGGCUACCACAUUCCGAAAGUUUGGACUGUUGUUACGCUGAGAGAGAAAGAUGCAUUACUACCAGGUGUAACCGAGAAAUGUCACAGUUAUUUUGGAGAGUGAUUCAGACCGAGGAGACACUACCAGGAACUCUUCAUCGUUUUGUGGUGACUUUCUAGCUCGGUAGCUAAUUUAGCCGAGUUAGCUACAAAGCUCAAUAAAUUCAACUAGUCAGCGGCCACUUUAGCUCCGCGGGGCUUUCUUCUAGCUGCUAUUCUUCACUUGAAGAGACAACCAUCGAAGAAGUCGGUAAGUUUAGCGCACCUUGAUGUAAUUUUUUAUGAUGCUGUUUGAAAAGUACCAUCCAGAGCGCCAAACGUUAGCUUGGCUCUGAUGCCGUUAAAAUGGGGGAGUUUAGGGCAGAGUGCUGGCCUGAAAAUUGUAGACGUUAUGGUCUUUUACUCAGGGAAAAAACAAAUAACUCAAAUUGAAGAUCUUUUUACAUAAGUCUUCCAAACCAGUUCGUGUAUCAAAAAAGGUCAUUGUGUGUGUGACGUUAUGGGCACGUUUCUUUAUUACCUCUGUUUUUGUGAUCACACUUCUGAGUACUUCUGCAGCCUACCAAAUUGAACUCAAUAAUCAAAGCUAUCACUGUUAUUUUAAUGCUUUCUCUGCAGUUGGACAGCCAAGCUUAGGCAGUAUUUGUGUUUGACAGUUGUCACACUGCUCCUUGUUGCUUUUCUAGCCUUCUUCUCUGUCCUGUUACGUUCUCACUCUGUGUCUCACUCUUGUGAUUGUCUGUAGCUUUUGAUAGUGUGGACAGUUUGCUGCUGCCUGUGGGUUCCUGCCAUGGCUGACAGCAGCAUACUGACUUUGGGGGCAGCUCGGAGCCUGUUGGUGGAUUCUUCAGUCUAUGAUUCAAGGAUUGCAGAGACCACAAAGGACCAUGUGUUUCUGGGCAUGGCAUGUGAAGAUGGGGAAGGUCAGUCUGCAGCGUUUCUUUUUUUUUCUCAAUUUUUUUAAACUCUGCUACUUUUAUUUAGGUAUCUCCAGACAAGAGACCAUGGUGGAUAUUAUACAAAUGAGAGCCCGUAUGACACACCCAUUCUGGGUAGAUACUCUUGGUUAGAAUAUUGAAAUAUUUCUCUAUACAUUUAAAGAAACCUAUUUCAGAAAAAAAUGAAGAGAACAAUGUUGCAGAUCCCCCCCCGCUCCCUCAGAUCUUCCUCCUCCAUCCACCUCACCGUGCCCACUUGCCUGCUUCAGCACCAUGGGGAGAGCUGCUUUCAGCUGCUCUGCUCCCCAACUCUGGAACUCACUGCAUCCUGACAUCCGGAAAAUUGACUCUCUCCCUUCAAAUCCAGUCUCAAAACCCACCUGUUCAGAUUAGCAUACUCCUUAGAAUUUAUCUUGUCAUGUUUUUGUUUUAUUUAUUUAUACAUACAUAUAUACACACACCCCCUCCUUUUUGUUUUGUUUUCUCUAUUGCUUUUAUCGUGCUGUUUUUACUCCGUAUAAGUGUCCAGAAAGGAGCUUAUAAAAAUAUUGUCAUUAUUAUUAUUAUUAUUAUUAUUAUUUUUAUAAACAGUAAUAUUAUGAAAGGCCACAAAAAGGAUCAGCUAAACACAUUCAAAGUGAUUGAUUAAAGAAGUUAAGCUACAUAUACACUAGUGGUGAGCGAUAUAGCCUGAAAUUGAUAUCACAAUAUUUCAAGGCAAUUUGCAAUAACAAUAUUUAUGACGAUAUUUAUGACAAAACGUACACAGACCUGAUUGUCCUCUUGUAGAUUCCAGGACUCAACUAACUCCCUUAAUCCACUUGCAAUAUUUUCUCCUGUGUGAUCCUUGGGAAAGUAGCUGGUUUCAAGACAGUAGUUGUGCAGCUUCCAGUCGUAGCCUAUAUAAUAGACCAGGGGUUUUCAUAUAAAUUUUCAGUGGGUCCACCUGAAUGAAAUGCCUGCAGGCCUGGGUCCAGGGAUUUUUAUUUAUUUAUUUUUUUACAGUGCAUUACUCUUGAAAUAUUCACUUCAUUUGUAUUGCCAAUAACUGCCUACUACUUUCAAUUGACUGUGUGCUUCCUGCGGGUAAAAUGAAUGCAAAUGACUCGGUCCACUCGCCAUAAAACACCCUGUUCUCAUUCUCUACCUUUUGUGGUUUUGAAGCCGACAUGUUUAGCUGCUGCUACAACUUUCUCCUCAGUCUGCCGCCUGACAGUUUUCAACAUCAGGAUUGCUCGGUAAUCUUCAUGUGUCGAGUAGGCUAAGAGGUCUGAUUUGAUUGACAAGUCAAGUGAGUAAGCAAGUGAUGUAAUGCCUUGCUGUAAUUGCACGUGCAGUUUACUGAACCAGGCACAAAGCAAGAGAGUAAGGCUGCACGAUAUUGGAAAAAACUAACAUUGCGAUUUUUUUCAACCCUGCGAUAUAUAUUGCGAUAUUAAAAAUAUAGGAAUUUUCACCAGAUGACCUGAAUAGCAAUCAUGAAGACAGUUAACCUGCACUGAUCUUACCUCUUUUUGUGAAUGUUAGAAUGGCUUCUGUCUAUCUCAGAGAUAUUUUUAGCUUUUAUUGUGCUGGGACGUUAUUGUGGCGACAGAUGAACACAGAACACAUGUUUUGGUCAACAUCAUCCUUCUUUAACCGAAAUAAUUCCAGAUAACUGACUUUCCUUUUCUUUUUGGCAACAAUUUUUAAUUUUCGGUGGUUUUCUCUUGUUCGUUGCUCAUUUUGCAAUCGUUGUUGUUGUUGUUGUUAGCGGUGUUGUGCCGAGAAACACAUGUCCUCCGAGAAUUGCAUGCACCUCACAAAACGCGCACCGCUUAUAGUAGAGUGGUCCACGGAUAUGUACCACUUAAAACCCAUACAGUUCUUAUUUGUUGGGCUUAACAGUCAGUAAAAUUCCGAAAGUAAUUCUCAGCGGACACGCGUUUCUCGGCUCAACACCUGCAGCCAGCGAGUACCUCCAUGUGCACAACAUGUGCAGGGGUGGGUUUCCCCCUCUCUGAUUUUGAUUGACAGCUGGCAGGGUAGUCUGAUUGGCAACCGAGUAAAGGACAAGGUGAUUGGUGGAUCGCUGCACAGCACAUGCAGAGUCACAUGCAGCGUAUCUCAGUCAGCUACCCUUGAAAUUAACUGAGUUCAUUCACCUCCGACAUCGCAGGCUCUGCGAUGUGACUAUCGCACACAUGUAUAUCGUGCAGGCCUACAAGAGAGAAAAAAAACAUACAUUUUUCUGCGGUAGGCUCGGGUCCGUAUUGGACUCUUUCCUGGUCCGGAAGUGGAACGCGGUCCGCCAUAUGGAGACCACUGUAAUAGACCAUCAGGCUGAUUUAGGGUUCAGAGGUUUGGCUUGACCACGUCAGUCAUACAGGCAAAAAACUCCACCGAUAAGAAGGUAAAAGCCAAUUAGUUGCAGCAUGCUUCGCACAUCGCAAGCAAAGAUGUUUUUGAAAAAUAUUUUCCACCCAGGAUUGUGUGUAUUGGGUAAAGUUUUUUUUUAUUAUAAAUAAAUAAUUUAAAGUGUUUAAAGCCUUAAUUUAUACACUAAUUGGCCUCAUGUCUAUGGCCAGACAAUAUGUGACUGCUUCGGUAAUGUCCUGCCACAUCUGUUAUUUAUUUAUUUUUUUUAUCAUAUGGAGUGUAGUGAGUGCUCCUGCAAUGCUCUGUUGAGCCAUAUGUUUACUUUUACUCUGAACACCAGUAGCUGCUUUCACGUCCUCAUCAUGUGUCUUCAAAGCCUGCUGAUACUCGGCUGUGUGAUUUAGCUUUAGGUGGUGAAACCUGUUAGCUGUGUUAGCCAAACCACCUCCAUACCACAGAGGUAGUUCCCUUUUUGGCAGUAGAUCCUCAUUGAUGACCAAGUUGACGCUGCGCUGCUUUCACUCUCCGAAAUUGUUACUGAGUAUGCAGUAAGGAACACCAUAGGUCUUCGCGUCCCUAUAGUGUAAAUACCGCAACAUGACAAUUUUAUAACCAAAAAAUGUACAGCGGUAUCAUAGAUGGUAUGAAAUGGCAAAUGUAGGCCUGUCGCGAUAAUCAAUAAAUCGCCUUAUCGCUCGGUAAAUAAAAAUUUGGACGAUAAUUUUGCCAGCCUCGAUAACUGACGUGUGUUUGUUUUCCUCCUCUCUCGCUACCAAACACGCUGGAUGAGAGAAGAGGUCUCACUCUGCGCAUUUUUCUCGACACCUGGGUGCGUUGGCUCUAUAGCGGAAUGAACGGAGUGAGUGAACCCUCCUGUCAGUCAUUCAGUCUAUUUGUCACGGUGGGGGGGGGGAGCUGGCGCACACAUGCACACAGACACACAGACACAGACUUAUCAUCCGUCGGGAUGAUUUUGCUUGAGGUGUGCAUGCAUGUUCUUUGUUUACCUGUUGAGGAUUUGCACCUAAUGCUAAUUAUUUAGUGCAAUUUUGUUUACAGACUCGAGACUCCACUUUAUUUAUUGUUUUAAAGGGGACUUGCCAUCAAAAUGUAAUUUUGUGUGUUUUUUGUGUCAGAUAAGUCCAUAUUAUCUUCGCCUUAUAUUGUAAAUGUGAAAACAAACCGUUAUGUCAUUUGCAUUCUGUAAAGGUUUAAAAUAAAGGAACGGGUAAACCAGGCCAAUUGAAAAAGCAGGUCCCUCUGACGUUGCGCUGACCUUGCUCAUUAUUAUUCACGAGCACGUCCUCGGUGAGCCGCGCCCACUCUCUCGUUCUCGUACUCAUUCACAGUCAACAUCACUUUCCAUACCAGCCAGAGCGAGACCCAGCUACCACUGUAUCCGCUAUGGGUCUCUUCCAAACGACCGGUGUUUCCUUGGGUUCACUGCCGGGAAAAUGAACUUAAAGCUGGGCAGAAUGAAUGAGAAAACACAGCUGGAGAUCUCUGGCUUCUUCUUCAACUUCCACCUCCUCUUCAGACUCGGGGUCUAAAAUAUAUGGUUUAAUACCUGCCAUUUUUAGCCUUUAGCAUAAGGUGACCAGACGUCCCCGAUUUCCAGGGACAGUCCCCGUAUUGGAUGACCUGUCCCUGGCAAAAGCUGUCCCCGAAAAUGUCCCUGAUUUAAGUGUUUCAUGAAUGAGAGCAAAAAUGUUGCGUGUGGGCUCGAACAACGGUUAUUACAGUAGCCGAAUAGGUAGGAAGCACAAGUAAGCAGUCCUGAACAACAGUUCUUACGGGGUUAUUACAAGGGGCUUGCGCUGCUACUAAAUAGUACCGAGAUUUUGUCUGUGAUCACACAGCCCCUGCACCCGCCGCCGCCACACCAAAUAUCCCCGGAUAUCAUUACAGACAUCUGGGCACCUUACUUUAGCACACAUUAGCAAAAUGGAUAAAACGAAAUCUGAACCUCCAUUGCUGAGCCAAUCAGAGCACAGCAGGCUUCACAGCAGCGAUCCAAUCAGAGCAAAGCAUAUUACCAUAAAUGUUAAUGAGACAAAAUCAGUUGGUUUUCCUGUAAGGUUUUUUAGGCAUACUAAGACAAACCAUCAAAUAACUUUUAAGCUAAAAUUAUGUUGCAAACAUAAUCAGAGGACAUCAAGGAUUAUGAAAAAAUGAUAAAAAUGGGUAUGAAAUUUUGAUGGCAGGUCCCCUUUUAAUUGUUAUGUGUGGAGUGUAGUUUUUGUUCCUUACCAGAGAAAAGGUGUAUUUUUUAUUGUUUGUAGUUGUGAUUGUAGUUUUUAUUUGAAUGCAGUUUUUGAUAAAACAGAAUGUGGGUCCAUUUUAUUUUCAUUGUUUUUUGGUUGUCUUGUUUGUUUAUUAUAUUAAGUCUUCUUAUUUUAAAGUUCUUAAUCUUGAGAAAUUAAAGUUUGUCGCUUUUGACAUGGUGUACUCGCAUUAUUAUGCCAUAUAUUAUCAUUAUCUAUAAUUUAAAAAACCGUGUCAAUAAUAUCGUUUAUCGGCAGUAAUUGUAGCACAAUUAUCGUCCAGCAAAAUUUGUUAUCAUGACAGGCCUAGGCAAACCUCUAAUAUACACACCAAAGCGCUGUGUAUAUAUUACGCAAUGUCAGUCAGUGAUCCUGUCUGUGUACCAAGUUUUAGUCAAAGGGAAAAAAGAAACUUGUAUCAGCCCCUGGAAACAGCCCAGUUUUAAUUUGUUUCUUUCUAGUGAACAUGUCAGUGUCCCAUCUCUCCUGGUUCACACCAUCUCUGUUUCUCUUCUUUGCUCAGAUAUCUUUCCCAAAGUGGAGACCAGGGUUGUUCUUGUGGGAGAAGCUGGCAGAAAUGAAGCUCUGGUCAAAGCACUGCAGGUACAUAAUUUCUUUCCUAAUCCUGAGGGUCCACUAUGGCCGUUUCGGUUCUGACAAGGUGGCAUUCUUUUACCCUAUACACUGGGCAUCUUCACUGCUGUUUUAAGUUUGAGAAGAAGAAUGUGAGACUUUGUUUUGAUGGAUGAUGCCCACCUGUCCACCUGUUUUUAAAAUGGAAAUGACUUUGUUUUUUGCUGGGAAAAAAAAUGCUGACAGAAUUUUCCUAAAGGCUCACUGUAGGAAAUUGUGGAAGUAGAGCAACAUACUCACUUGAUCAUUUUUUAGUAAGUUGAAAAUUGCCUUCCACACACAUUUUUUCACACAAACUUUGAUUGCAAUGAUGCAUUGCUAUUCUACCUGAUACCUUUAUGUGAAAAGUGCUUGUUUGACUAAAUCCAAUAUUUAAUUGCCUCUGGCUUUCAGACUUUGUGAGGAGUACCUUUUCUUGCUAACUCUGUUACAUUGACAAACUUUUCAACUUUAGUGUGCAGUAUUUGGUAGCCUGUCACAACCUACACUAUUUGAAUGAUGGUAUUUAAUUACAGCUGCUGACUGUAGCUUGAUUGUUUAUUUUCAGAUUGAACUUCUCUUUCAAAUAAUCUCAUUGGCUCAACAUACCUUAAAGGGAUUUUCCAGCGUAAAACUAAGUUGAGGUCAAACACACCAUAACACUGAGUUAGACACCCCCUGGAGAGAUGAAUGUUGCUGACUGCUUGCUUCUCGAGUUGUUCCAACUUCAGCAAAGACAGCACGAUAGCAAUACAACGUGGUCUAUGGCUCCACGUGCACACCUCAACCAAAAAGCCAAUCUAUAGCCACAAAUAAUGCUCAGAACAGCACCAAACUUCAUCAGCAGUACGUAUAGGGUCCCAGCAAAUAGUAUUAGCCAUCAAAUAUCUUUUUAGCUUUGCCUAGUUUCUUUAGCAAAGAGACCAAACCAUAGACUGUAUAUACUAUGGACAACUUGGUUCCGCCUUCCGCCAGUAUACGGAUUUGAAGCCGAAAAGCUCUCAGUAUUUCCACAAUUUUUCUUCAUUUCCUGAAACCAACAUUGUGCAGUAGCAUUGCAUGCAUUUGGCGGGAGAGUCACAGAGAGUCGCUGUGAUGACGCUCAACUCAAACAGUGUAUCCCCUAGGUGAGCUACACAAUCUUCGUACACCCAUAGGCUGUAUCAAGUGUCAAUCAAAGAAAAUAUGAGCCCCCUAAUAACUUUUGAAAAUGUAGCUGUACAGAAAAAUGAGGACUUGGGCAUAAACCAGUCUUACAGUAACUACAUGUCAACAUUGCAACCAAGGGGGGAGAAAAAAAUUUUAUGCUAGAAUAUCCCUUUAAAAGCUCAACUCAAAACUCCACUAAUCUGAGAUAGCUUUCCUUGUCGUCUCUGCUUUCAGCAGUGAGUGGCAAAAGAAAUUAAGCUUAUCCGGUUUUCUUUUAGUCUAUGACUAGGGGAACUUAAGAUGAGGAAAGUGAAUAAUCUUAUUAUUUGAGCGACACCACCACAGUUCUGUAAAAAAGUUAAACUUGACCUGUGUCUUGACAUCAAUCAUUUGAUUUUGGUAGAUGUAUUUUUUCAUUUUUAUGAACAUGAUCUUGCAUUUUACAAAUCAUUGCAACGAGGUCUACUUGUGGAUGUACAGCUCUGUGCAAGUUCAAACCUUACCUAGCGUAUAAGUAGCUAAAUUCAUUGUAUGGUUCAGGGAGAAUUUGUACUCUAAUCUGAGCCAGAGCUUAUAAGGAGCUGGUCCAAUGAGCCACAGGACUAUGUAGUGCUGGGCGAUAGGACGAUAAAUAUCGUGGGCACGAUAGAAAAUGUCUAUCGUGCCAUUUUUUUUUUUUUUAUCGUUUCGGCGAUAGGCUGUAUUUUAUCCAUAGGGCUUGUGCCAUCAGAUGAUUCAUAGUAACAACAACAAUAAUUGCACAUUCAGUAAGUGUAUUUGGUGUCGAACGGGAAAGAAAACAAUAUUUUCUUACAAAGAAAAGGAUGCGUUGACAUGUAGGCUCGCAUUUCUCUUUCGAUUUUGUGACAUGACGCCGCUUUACGUGCCCUCUUUAUGUCCAGCGUCUCCCGCCGUUGCGGGUUACCUGGAUUACACACGUGAGGGGAUCAUUGUAAGCAGUGCUUAAUUUGUGCCGGAGCAAGUCGGAGCGCGAUCCGGGACCUCUUUUGAUCGGAUCCGGGACCUAUUUCAGCCGUUCCGGCACCUGUUUCAUCUGCUCCGGGACCUUCCCUGUAGAGGAUGACAUUUUUCGGGAAUUCCCGUGGGUCACGUGAUUCCCGCGGGAAUCCCACGGGAUGGGAAUCAUUUUUUAAUGAAUCCCUUGAUCGGGACGGGACGGGAAAAAAGCAAUGGGAGUGGGCAGGAGCGGGAACAACAAUAAAAGAUGAUCAUUUUCAGCCGUGUUUAACAACCAGAUGAGCAGGUGCGUCCAUUUUUGUAGUCAUCUCUCAGUGAGAGCCAACACUCUUGACCACGCUAGCAACACAAAAGAACUACAACAGUGGUUUGACUUCCUGUCAGCUGGGAGCGCGGCUGCGCAUUUGUACCCUUCAAGCCAGCAGCGAGGAAACGUAAUUUUGUGACAUUCUGUAGUUUUUCAAUCAUUUCUGGAGUCGUGGUGAAUCAAAUCAUCUUAACUGUCUGCCCCUGAUAGGCGAAUAAAGCGCUCGGAUUCAUGCUCGGGUCUUGCUACGUGCUUCAAGAGUAAAGUAAACAAUGAUGGAUGCGGAGAGCAGCUUUGGAGGAGAAACAUCUUGCAGUGUGAACAACCUCUUCAACAGAGCCCUAAAGACCUACCUUUUUGAUAAAGCCUUAGGUUAGCUUUCCUUUAUGCUUUUACUACCUUGCCUCUUACAUUGCAACUCUAUAUUCUUUAUUUUUUUUUAUUCUUUUAUGCUUUUUUAUGCCAAUCUGUGACUGUCAUUCUAUUGCUUUUUUAUUGUUGCUGCUCUUUUUUUACUGUGUACUGUAGCACUUUGAGAUUUUUUGUAAAUGUAAAUUGCAUUACAAAUUAAAUUUAUUAUUAUUAUUAUUAUGGAGUGCUUUGGCUCACACUAUCGGCGUUUUCUGUGAGUGUUGCAUAACUUUGGGUGAGCACAGACAUGAACGCACUUCAGCCACGUAUUUAUUUAUUCAUUUUUCUAGUUUUAAGUGCUGGUCUUGUACUGGUACUGUACUAGUGCAGCUGUAUACAUUUAAAUUUUUCAUAGAACUGAAAGCAUACCAUAGCUAUAUCGUGAUAUAUAUUGUUAUCGUGAUAUAAAAUGAUCCAUAUCGUGAUAUACAUUUUUUUCCAUAUCGCCCAGCACUAGGACUAUGUCAACCUUCUUUUGGGUGGUCAAAAUUCACAGUCAAUACUUUAUUGUGGUAAUAUACAGCCGACCGUGUCAUAUGAAAAUAAAAGAAAAGAAAAAAACGUUUUUAAGCAGAACAGCAUUAUGGUAGGAAAUUUAGGACCGCAGCUCCUACUUGUUCAAGUAGUCCCCAUAAACAGAAAAUUUAUAUCAUUUAAUGGGGUUGUAGCAUAAUGAAACAAACAACUUGUACCAACUUAUGUAAUAUUUAGUUUAAUCUGCAAAGAAUUGGUGUUCAUCGGUCUAAGGAAUCAUAUAGCAUAAUUUAAUUUCCUGUCUGCACUGUUGUUGGAACAAUCAAGUGUCCAUCAGUGUUUGUUUGUAUUCACUCCAUUGAGCUGUACAGUUUUGUGUCUUUGAGCAUCAGCAUGUGAAGGUGGUUUGGAGGCGUGGCGGCAGACUAAGUGCCGCUAGAAUGACUUUCUUUCCAGGUCUCCUGAGCCCUGUCACUUCUGAAGGCUUUCUGCUUAAAUCAUCUAUUCCUCCCUGCCAAUCUAAAGUGCAGCCACAUCCAAAGACAUCUGCCGACAGCUCCAUCAGAGCACUCUCGGUUGCCUGCCUGCCUGUCCGCCUGCCUGCUGCUACCCCUCAUGCAACUCACAGACCCCCCCCUGCCAUUUCUUUAUGUCCUUUUCCCUUUUUGUCCUCUUUCUUUCCUCCCCCCAUCAGCCCUCCCAUGGGCUUUGAACUUUUAUAUUAAUUUUUAACAGAAUUUUCCUCUCCUCCCCAGCCAACGCCCUCUGAAGCUUGAUAUUUGUUUGAAGUCUCUGUCUUUGCAAGGACAAGGAUUCCGCCCCAUCUCUUCUUCCAGCCUCCUCGUUUUUCCUGCAUUCCUAAACUUAGACAACCUUCCUUUUGUCCUCAUAAGGGGGUUAAUGUGUAUGAGUUUCUGUCUUGUUCUCUCUCUCUGCUUAUUCUCUCUCAACCCCCUGUCCCUCCCUCCUCAUUUUAUUCUACCGCUUUCCUCUUCUCAAAUGCCAGUGUUUGACAUCCACUUCCUGCUGGUUGGUUUUUACAGGCCAUCAAAGUAAUGGAGGUACCUGUGGUAAAGAUAAGAGAAGGCGAGACGGGUGCAGAGGAGAAAAUGAUGAUAAAAUCUUUAGUCAAUAUGGUACAGUACAUUGCCUGCCUCUGUGUGAAUGUCUGACACUGUGAUUGGAGCUUGGGGAAGUGCUGUAUGAGUGUUAAUUCAAACUGGCAAGUCACUCAAUCAUUGUGCAUGGUCAAGUCACUGAUGGUGAAAUGAUUUGUGGGUGAGAGUUUGAAUAAUGAUGGAGAACUACUCUGUGUCUAAAUUGCUAUCUAACAGAUUUGCACUCAAAUGUCAAAGCAAGUUUUCUAAUUGAGAAGAAGCAAUUUGAAGCUCAUUGAUGACCUCUGAUUGAGUUCUAGUAUGUGCUAACUCCAGGUGUUUGUUUUUAGCUGUUUUUACUGUAAAAGUUGCAAACAGUCCAUUUCAAACGAAUUUGCUCUAAGAGUACUUUAUAGACUACUGUAAGAAUGUGACCGAUAGAAAUGCACCAUAGAGGCUUUGAUUUUUGAGUGUUUGGCCAAACAAUAACUGAAAAUAAUUGCAAAAUAUGUUUGCUUUCUUUCUUCUUUCUUUUUUUCAUGUCAAUAAAUCCACUGAUUGAUCACUUUCACAUUUCUUUACAUGACUUAGGUCAGGAGGCUCUGAAAUUAGGGUAAACGGGGGCUGUCUAAGCUUUAAACACUAACUGCAUGAAGCUUGUUAAUGUCUCAGUAACACAUAAAGUACAUAAAUCUUGCUUUUUGACAGUUACCUCUUGAAAAAUUAUCUUGAACUUAGCAAAAGGUUUUGGAACUUAGAACCUGUCUGGCAAAAUUUUAAAUAAAUAACAUUUCUUAUUGAGCUUCAAGAGAAAAGCAAAGAGAGGUAUUUUUCAGAAUGUUAACUUAUGUUUUCACACUAGUGUCUCACAGUUGUUGUUCUUGAAGAUGUGGAGUGCAGAAACGUGCAGUAUAUAGUAGAACAUACUUGACUGAAAUGUAAUGUAGAAUUUAUAUGUAUGUAAUCCCACAUAAAUUCAAAAAUCAUUUAGAUUUAGUUGAUUUUGAAGAAGAAAAAUAUAUAAAUGUAUAUUCUUAAGGCAAUCUUUUGCUAUACUGACAGGAAAGGCAGAGCAUUUUUGUCUAGAACCUGAUUGCUAGAUAUUGCAAAUCACUUAACAGAUUGAUUUAAAAUAAUUAAACCCUGUACCUGUGUGUGCCUCUUAACCUUAUUUGCCUUUGUCCUAUGUCGACAACUGGAACCAAUUUCCUUUUGUAAUUUAUUGUGGAGACAUUUGCAGGUUCUACUCCACCUAGCUCAGUAUGGGUAAACAAAAAGGCUUCCGAGCCCCAAUAGUAUCUCUUCAAAAAAUAAGAGAAGAAACAAAUGAUUGUCCAUGUGGUAUCACAAAGUGUUCUUUGGUGUGUGGCACUGCGACAUUAUUAUGAAACUAGUAACAGUACAUGUGCACUGUUUCUUUAUUAGUAAAGGUUUUUCCAUUUGGUCCUUUUAGUUGGACUGAAGGGUCCUGUACUGGUAAUUACAGCUACUUGAAGAGGUGAAACACAACCAUAACAUUUUACAAAUUUUCAGCGAGUCAAUCAAAAAUGGUAAAAAGGAAUUUGAACAAACAAGUUUUGCCUUUCUGCAUUUGCCAAUGAUACAUAGUUGGUUCCUGUCUUUUCUGUUUUUUUUGGUCUUUUAAAUGGCAACAAAGAAUUUCUUUCAAUAAUGAAAUUAACUCAAAUAACCUAUGUCCAACAACCUCUCUAACAAGCCUAACUAUUACUUGUGUGCCUUUAUAUAUGCAUUCUCUAUAUUUUAUCAGCUGGUAAUGAACAGCUUCACCAUUCAGUAUUUUCAUCCUUUCUGUACAGGACAUUGACACCCCAUGCAUGAUAACAAACAAUGUUCAGGAGUUUGGGGAUGGAGAGAACACUGACUUUGAGACAGUCUUUGUCCUCACGGACUUUGGUUCUACUGACUACAGCUACCUCUACAAACGCGACAAUCGCAUCAUCGGGCCUCCUGUUGUAUUGCACUGUGCUGCAAAAAAAGAAGUAAGACAUUUACUGAAAUCAGAAUGGUCAGAAACUGGCUUCACAUACAAUGGAUACCAUCAAAAAGUGUCUGAACUCAUUUUCAAAUAUCUAUUGCAAUUCUCUGCCUUGUCCUGAUACUAUGGCGUUUUAAACCUUUAGAGCCAGGAAUUCAAUUGAAAAAAUUACACCUUCACUUUGAAACUCCAGCUGUGGGAAAUAUAUUAUUUUUGUCAUGUGGGGGCUUACUAGAGACUGGCCUGAGAUGAACCUUGAUUUCACAAAGCACAAUACAAAAAAAUUCAUAAUGGUUUUGAACAGGAUGAUGGAGGGGAGUCGUCUCCACCUGCUGUGACGUCUGCCUGACAUAGAUUUCUCCUAGGAUGCUAAUGUGAAACAUAACAAUUUUCCCUGCCUGUAUCUGCCAUCACUAAGACAAUUCUCCACACACUUUUCAGCUGAAGGCAGCACUUUCACUGAUGCAUAGUCUUAGACUGCAUUGCAGGGCAUCAUGAAGAUGCAUACCCCUUAUGUCAGGGGUCCUACAGUGAAGACAAUGUUCAUUAUUGUAUCUGUAUAAGUUCUUCAUUUGGCUUUGGAUUUCUGUGAGGUUGUUAACAUCAGUACUCAGGAUUUGAAUGUGUUUUAGUCAAUACAAAAGUAUUUUAUACUUUCCUUUGAGAUUUUACAAAUCCAUGUCUAAUAUGAUACUGUCAAAUUGUGUUACACACUGGUCCUCUAGAGAAUUUGAGGUUGUGUUAUUAAAAGUCAUAAUUGAUUAGAGUUGAAAUUUCAAUCCAUACUGACCUAAAGUUGAGAUUGCACUGAUCUUUGUAUUUUCUUCUCAUAGCCUUUGCAGUUUUCUUGUCGACCCCUUUACUCUACUACAAUGCUGAGCCUGUCAUUAUGCUUUACUGGCUUCAGGAACAAAGAGGAAAUGGUAAGUUUACUUGGGUAGCUUACUGUAGCAUGAACCCUUUUUGAGAGAAGAUUAUUUAGAUGAGGUCAUUUUAAAUGUCAGUCAUGUUAUAAUUUGUGGACAAGUUUUGGGAGCAUCAUUGUACAACCUCAGCUCCAUCAAAAACUAUUGGGCCUUGUAAAUGUUAAUCAACACAGAAGCUGAUGGUUUGCAAACCAUAGAAAUCAUAUAUUUAAUUGAAGAGAGUGCAACAACAUUAUCAGAUGUUAAAACUGAACUGGUAUUUUGUUUCGUUAGUAAUGUAUACACUCAUAUGUAACUCUAUGCCCACAACAUAUUUAAAGUUGAGACAAUAACAAGCUAAAAGGUGUGUUAUGUCACCUCCUUUAACAACACUGUAAAUAUUUGUGAACCAAGGUAACCAGUGCCUGUUUCAGUGAGGAGGUUCAACAGACUUCCUCAGACUUCCUCUUGAUUCACCCUCAGAUGGGAAAGUGAGUGUUCAGUUUCCAAAGAGCUGAUUAGAGUUCGAUUAACUCUGAUACAAUUCACUCAAAGCUAAGCGUGUGCACAUGUAAGAUGACUAUAGGAAGCCAAUACAAAAGGAGCCCAAUCCUGCGAUUCAUCGUGGAAACAGCUGGCAAAAAGGCCCCUGUGGAAUUUAGAAUUCUUGUGCCCAUAAACAGAGAGUUUCAACAUUGCACUAGAAAAAAGAAGUGACAAUUCUUCUAGCAGCAAAAGAGAGGGCAACCAAGAAAACUGCUGCUUGAGUCAAAUGUGCAAGUUUGAAUGUUGUCUAUUAGUUUAAUAUUUUAUCACACAUUUUUAUCACACAUUUAUUAACUGGUGGGCUACUAUUGAACUAAAAUUGAUAGGUUUAGUUUAGAUGCAGUUUUGGUGAAGAAAAGCAAACUCAAAAGUAGCUAAAAAUGAAAUAUAAGACUGUUGCUUCAACAGGUAAGGCUAAGGUAUAAUAUACUUUGUGGUGUUACCUUGCUUCGUUAUAUGACAUAUUUAAAGUAAAUAUCAUUCAGUUGCUUUUGAUAUGCACCAAUUUUAUUGUCAACAUAAUACUGGUUCACACAUUAAUAGAUCCUAGUUUUACAAAACAUUGGGAAUUGGGGUUUUGAAAAGACAAUAACUUUGAUUUGUCAGAAAACAUUUUCAUUUUGCACACUGGUGUCCUAAACUGCAUUUGCAUUUUUCUUUGAUGAAAAAAUUAACAUGUACUCAGUUCCAACAUCUGAUAUGUUGUUUUUUUUAAUGAUUUGCAAACCAUCAAAAUGUGAUUUUUAUUACCUUUUUAAACAGUGUCACAACUUUUAGGGGUAUAUUGAUUAUGGUUGCACUGAGAAAUGUUUUUUUUUUUUUCUAAGUGAAUUUAUUGCUGUCAUGAUUUAUUGCAAGCACUGUUUCAUACACAAUAACAUGUAUCCAGUUGAUAACAAUGAUAAUUGGUUUGCAGAUUUUAGAAAUUAAAUAAUAUGUCAAGAUAAUAAUGUAUUGAUAAUGAUUGAAGAUCAAAAGAUAUCUCACUAUUAAUCUCCCCUUUUGUCCUAAGCUUGUUCUUGGUGUUUUUGUUUUUCAUGUAGAAGAAUCUUGUGAAUCUGGUUCAUCACAUGGGUGGAACUAUCCGAAAAGACUUCAGCACCAAAGUUACUCAUCUCAUUGCCUACUCCACCCAUGGAGAGAAAUACAGGGUUUGUAUACAUGCAUACCUUUUAGGAUGUACUCUGAUCUUGCUGUUUUCCUUUCCAGUGCUUAUGUAACAAUUGUACACAACUGACUGCAUCAUAUGGUCUAACAUGUAAACAGUAUACAUCGAAACCAGGCAAAAUACAAUGUUCUGUAUAUUCCAGACGCAGAAAAAAGCAGUCGAUGUAAAAUCAAGAAAGGAGGAACCAAAGUACAAACAGCCCCCCGCACGCGCACGCGCACACACACACACACACACACACGAUCAUAAUCACUCAAAUAAAUUUAUCAGCUUCCAUGUUAUUGAAUACUGUACCACUUUUUUCAUUUUCAGCUACAAGAAAAAAACAAAAAUGAAGCUACAGUGGAUAUAAAAAGUCUACACACCCCUGUUCAACUGCCAGGUUUUAGUGAUGUAAGAAAUUGACAGCAAGAUAAAUAUUUUUACAACUUUUUCCACCUUUAAAUGUGACCUAUAACCUGUACAAUGCAAUUGAAAAACAAACUGAAAUCUUUAAGGGGGAAAAAUAAAAAAAUAGAAAAGUUAAAAUAACCUGGUUGCAUAAAUAUGCACACCCUUAAACUAAUACUUGGUUGCAGUUUUGUUACAUCACUCAGUCUUUUUGGGUAAGAGUCUAUCAGCAUGGCACAUCUUGAUGUGGCAGUAUUUGCCCAGUGUUCUUUGCAAAACCGCUCCAAAUCUGACAGAUUGCGAGGGCAUCUCCCAUGCACAGCCCUCUUCAGAUCACCCCACAAAUGUUCGAUGGGAUUCAGGUCUGGCCUCUGGCUGGGCCAUUCCAAAGUCUCAAUCUUAUUUCGGGGUAGCCAUUCUUUUGUUGAUUUAGAUGUGUGCUUUGGGUCAUUGUCAUGCUGAAAGAUGACAUUCCUCUUCAUCUUUAGCUUUCUAACAGAAGGCCGAAGGUUUUGUGCCAACACUGACUGGUAUUUGGAACUGUUCAUAAUUCCCUCCACCCUGACUAAGGCACCAGCUCCAGCUGAAGAAAAACAGCCUCAAAGCAUGAUGCUGCCACGACCAUGCUUCACUAGCCUGGCUGGGCCAUCCUGUUGCGUGAAUCACUUGCCGUUCCUUCCCACAACAGUCUGGACUUCGGCCAAUUGGGAGUGUGUAUUCCCAGUCAGAAAAUAACCGGGCCAAUCAGAGACAGUGUUUCCACUGUUACCCGGACAACAGGGAAAGGCAGCCCUUGAUUGGUCCAUGUGUAGAUGGUGACGUCUAACACAUGCUGCAGGACUUUUCAAAGCGCCGUUCAUUCAGAACGCCGUUAAUUCUGCAGUUGACUUUGCAAAGUCAGCAGAAAUCGUUUAUAUCCUAUAACCUAUAUCCUAUGUGUAGACUUUUUAUAUCCACUGUAUAUGAAGUUUUUACCAGCAUAGCUUGAGUCCCAGUUGAUGGGUCUGAUGUCAGAUAGUGAAUUUGAAUUUAUUUAUUUGGUAGGGACGUUAAGUUUUAACAUAGUAUCAUAAUAGAGCAUGAAUCUGAUGUGCUGCACAGAGAGUUUGAGGCAAAUUUCCAACUCUUGUCUUUCUCAAACUUGGGGAAUCAGCCCAAGUUGAUAGAUGAAUAGCUAAACAGAUUGACAACCAUCAUAUUAUUAUUCUUUCUUUUUUGCUCUUCACAGAUCAACAGAAGCUUGAUAAUGUUUUCUUUCAAUCAUCUCUACCAAUGGUUUUAGAUGUAAUCUUUGUCUUUUCCAUAGCUCUACUACUGCUCUUUUUUCAGUUCUCCUUUCUUCCUUAAAAUCUUGUAGAGGCUGCUCUUUUUGGUGAGUAGAACCCGAGAAAAAGUUGCUAGAGAUUCCUGGCUUCCAGAUCGACAGUUGCAGCUUUUUUCCCUUUUGAAAGUAUGUUUCAGACUAAAAAGGAACGUUUCAACCACGGAAUAUCUUGUACUUCCUUUUGCAAUACGCUUUAAGUGGAAACUGUUUGUACCUGAUGCAUUUUUGUUGUGAUUCUGAUUGACUGUAUGAUCAGGUGUGAUGAAAACACAUGAGAUUGUAUUACACUAAGAGCACAAACAGUUUAACUUUUGAAGGUGUAGCGGUUCUAAAACCUUCGUGUUUUAGUUUCUGUAAACCUCAUCUUCUGUUGGCACGCUUACUUUUGUUUAGUUUUGUUGUCUUCCUCAACUUAUAUCUUCUUUGCCUUCAUCACAUAGCUGGCAGUGUGCAUGGGGACACCCAUCCUUACUCCAUCAUGGAUUUACAAGGCUUGGGAGAGAAGAGAUGAAGUGUAAGUUUAAAGUCCUCCCAGGAGCACUUUACAUCAUUGUUUUUUUAAGCUUGUAUUUAAUUUGAAAUUAUUCUUUCAAAAAGUUUGAAGAAAAGUUUUUACAUGUUUCAAGCUCAUUCCUUUUACACAAGACUACUUUCUUCUUUAAGUUUAUAAAUUUACAUUAUAAAUCAAGGACCCUUCGAUAGCCUUUUAAACUGUACUUAAGGUAUGAAGUCAUGGAUCACAAAGAACUUUUUACUGCUCAACCAGGAUUUAUUCAUUGGUACUGGAGCUCAGAGAGAGAAACUGGAUGCUAUACUCGAAGCACUAUCUUUUAACCCAUUAGAUUAGAUUAGAUUAGAUUAGAUCAGAUGCAACUUUAUUAGUUCUUUUUGGAAGGUUUUCUCAAGUUAAUUAAAAUUCCAGCAACAUCAUGUACAGAAAAGAAAACUAAUGUUCAAAUAUACACAACAUAUAUAAAGAAAAAAGAUGGAACUGAAUUUCAAGAUAAAUUAUGUAUUUAUAUAAAGAUUUUACAUUAUCAGCAUUUGCACAUUACUGUUACAACAACUACUGUAACUAUAACUCCAAUAACUUCAUCCUCUGUCCUCCUGUUACCCCUCUUGCUCCUUAGAGAGGAGUUUCACAUGUUGACUUUCAUUCAAGAAACACAAUGCUUGUAGCUUUUCGAUAACUUAAUCUCCAGAACUGUUACACCACACAGUUUCCCUCCAGAAUGCCAUUUUUACCACACUGCCCACUGCGCAUGUUUGAACCUUAGUCUGUGUGGGACUGUAGGGGGUGUUAUAAAGCAAUCAAGGAGUAAUGCCAUAUAUGAAAUGGUUACAAUACAAUGUUAACAGUACAGUCUGAUGGUAUAAGGAAGAAAGGAGUUUUUCAGUCUCAUUGGUUCUGCACUUAGGAAGGAGCAGUCUGUCACUGAACAGGCUCCUCUGGUUGAUGAUGAUGACAGUGUGCAGAGGUUGACUUAGGCCUGGGCGAUUUUGGCAAAAAAAAUGAUCACGAUAUAUUUUGUCAUAUCGUCCCAUCUCGAUUAUUAUCAAGAUUUUUUUUAAAGCAUCUGUACUAAAAACUAAAAAAACACUAGAGAUUAGUUCAACAUUUUAUUAACAUACAAAAGUAAAUAAAGCAAAUUGAAUAAGAUAAACGUAGAAAAAUAUUUAAAAAACAUUUUAACUCGAAUGUAAAUAAAUACUACGUAAUACAGAGAACUAGUUUACAGUCCUGAGUGUUUUUGCAGGCAUGCAAGACCCAAAAUAAACAAAUCGCCCCCUCAGAGAUAAUGAAGAUGCUUUAAAAUGUAAACGUAGAUGAUAUGCAUACCUUUCAACAUUUAGGUUAUAAAAUCCAGGAGUUGUUUGUGGUGCACGCUGGGCAGUUUUGGAGUGACCUUGUACGGUGGAUAUGAGCUAAUUACGAGAGUAUUUGUAAUUAAAUUGCUCAUCCAAAUAAGUCUAAUUGAAGCUGCACACUUUCGUUUAGUUUUAACAAUAACAAAUGGUAAUAAAAAAAUAGAUGCCUUGAACUUAUUUAGUCCACUAAUAUUAGAGUUAAAGGUCCCAUGGCAUGCCAAUUUCACACAACUUAAAAUAGUCCCCUGGUGUGUUAAAAGCAUGUCUGUGACGUCCUUCGGUCAAAAUUCGAUUUGGAUCAAUUAUUUUAAUGCUCUUUAUAUCAACUAAAAACAGCUCCGCUCAAAAUCCUCCGUUUUGGGCCAUGUCUCUUUAAUGAAAUGAGCUGCACCUAAGCCACGCCCACUUUACACCCAUCUCUCUGGAAGGGGCUGUGGCUGUGCUCCGAUAGCCAUGUGCUAAUGUUUACACUGGCUCGGUCAUAGCUGCCAGAGGAUCGCUCGUACAACCCUACCAGUUUGAGCCAGAGUCUGACCCAGAGGGAGAGGCUCCAGAAGAAACUCUUAGCCGCGUUCAGACCAAACGUGACUUGAAGCGACCUAGUCGACACAUCCUAUGUAUUAUUCAAAGCUGCCAGGAGGGUCAUGCUUAAGGAGGAAGAUAUGAAUGUAGAAAAAAUUACAACCAGACCUCCGCUACAAUAUAAGAUUUUGGUGCUCCAAAGCUUCUCUGAAGCCUUUGCUAAUUAAUAGGAUGGCCGACCGUCCAGCAUUAGCCGGAACGUCCCAUAUUUGAGCCAAAAGAGGCGUGUCGCCGCACGGGUCAAUGCUAAAGCUACAUGCUGCGCCGGAGGGGGAUUUUGUCCCCUGCCGGCGGAGUUGUCGGGGAAGAAGCGAGCGGCUAAAAUACGGGAGGAUCUGGUAAACUGGCGCGGAUCCGGUGCGUUUAUCAAAGUGUGGUGGCCGUGCUGAGGCACCGGGGGGAAUUUAGGCUAAACAGUCAGUCAAAAUAAAACGUCCAUACUUACAGAUGCCACAUUUGUAGUAGGAUCAUGGGUAGUUGGUACGGAUCCAUUCUUUAUCUUCAGACAUCUAGCAAAUCAAGCCUUAAACUGUCCCUCGUUGAUAAAACAGUCCGAAGUGAAAUGGUGCGCACAUACAUACAGAUAUUUUGGAAGUGCCGUGGGUACGUUCCCAUUUUAAAUAAAAUCCACCCAUUGAGUCCUCAAAUCCUCCAACAAGGGAGUUUUCAAAAGAGUUUUGUGCCCGUUUGUGUAGCCAACAACAGAGCAAACGCUGCCUCUUUUUCAGAUCGUACUUUCGCCAUGGUAUUAACCGGAGCAAUGCGAGCGAGCAGCCUGGAAUAAUGGCGCUGUUUUGAUAAUUUUUUGGGCAGGGCAGUGGGCGGCUCCAUGGGCAGUACCAUCAACCCGCCAGCACUGACAUGACGUCAUGUCAGUGGAGUUUUCAGAACGACCGGCUCUGAGCACACAGUUCCUAAAUACGGAGAUAACUAAAAAAUGACUGGAUGGAAUUUUUUUGAAACUUGGGGGGAUUGUAGCGGUUUUCUAUCCCUGAUAUGCACCGCCCUCCCGUUAACAAAGUCGGUUUUUCAUGCCAUGGCCCCUUUAAAGUCCUCAUAUGUUUUACAUGCUCUCCCGUAUGAGGUUCUCUGAACAUCUGUGCAUGAAAUACAGCGCUUUUUUAUCCGAGGCUGCCCUGAACGCAUCAUUCUUGCAUAUCUCAUGUUUGUUUUCCUUUCAUUGAAGUGUUCAUUUUCCAACAAACACUGUUUAAAUAUAGUUUACAGCUGAAACCAACCUGAAUCAUCCAAAACUAUAAAGUAAAAGUAUCAAUCCAGUGUCUGUGAGGCCUGUGUUCAGCAGAAACACAGGACUAUCUCCGGUUGUCUGGAAACCUGGAAACUUUAGACAAAUAUAGUGAUCCAAUUCAUGAAUGAAUGCGGACCAUGCUACGAGAAAUUCCCGGUAGAAAUGACAUUACCGGUGGUGGGUGGGAGAUAGGUCUGAAAUACGGGGAGAGUCCCGGGAAAAACGGGAGUGUUGGCAGGUAUGGAUAUGAUUGAUCCCUGUUUUGGUCUGGUGGCUGCAUCGCUAGUUGUGGCUAAACUGCUAAUGCUACUCAUUUAUUCAAAACUUUUAUUGCACAGAGUGAACAGCAGCAGCAGAUCCACUAUCUGAUGCCAGGCAUACCUGAUUGCACUUGUCUAAGCCCCAGUCUUGAAGAAAAUCCCUCCCACUUUGAAGAAUUACCCUUUUUUUUUUGGCAAAUCUUGUAUAUGGCAGAAAUUUGUUCAACAUCCCACUUAACAUAUCCAGACCAGUUUCAUAUUAAUGAUGUGGAGCCUUGUUUGGCAACAAACUGGCAGUCCGCAGUGUAUAUGGGAAAGAGAAAAGGGGGCAGCACCGUCCCCUGGAGUGCUCCGGUGCUGCUGAUAAGAGUGUCACACGUGAUGUCCUCCAGCCUGAUGUACUCCGGCCUGUUGGUGAGCUGGAGUAGCUAGAGGUCCACAUGACACAGGGCAAACGCACUAAGGAACUGGCCCCUAUACAAUAGUAUUCGGUUUGCUACUUGUCCUACAGCAUGAGGAGUUGUAGGACAAAUCAUAUAUCAAAACAUGGGGUUUGAUUGCGAUUAGUGUGCUAUUGUUUUUCAUUUUUGGAGAAAGUUUGAGAUUAAAAUGGGUGUGUAUUGCAUGCAAUCUUCGUGACAGAGUGGGUGACAUAAUCGGCUAGAGUGAGAGAAGUUUCAUGAAAUUGUCUGAAACUUUUCUCUUUCCAAGCUCCUCCCAGCUAGAAAUUACACCCUACAUGCAUGUUUUUCCCCCAGUUGUAGACACACUUGUUCUGCCUCUAACGAUGUGUUUAUCUAAGCAGAGAGACUUUUAGAUUUUAAACACUGAGCCCCUAAGUACUGCAAUGCCUCUCUCUGCUUCUCAUUGACGCAAAUACAAAGAUUUUCUGAGAGAAGCAUAACAGACUCCUGUGUAUAACUUGCAAGUAUGUCCAAAUGUUUUACUGCAGAAACACCAAAAUCAUAUCAAAGUAUUUAUGAAGUCCUUAUGAUGACCAGGGUCUGCUUUUUUCUGAUAGGAGCUACCAUUUUGUCAGAGUAAGCCCAAAAGUGAGUCCAGCACCAAGGCAUAAAUACCUCUUUUUCACGCAGUUUUGACUGCCUCAGCCUGCAGUGCGUCUAUCGUCAUGGGCAACCAGCUUAAGUUGCCCUGGCAACCAUUGAGCCUCAGGCCAGGCCCUUAGCUGAAACCGUUUUAUUAAUCAGGGAUUGCUUUGAUAUUUCUGCAUCAUUGAAUCACUUUAAGAGCAAUUUGAUAAACGAUAAAACGCUGAUGCUAAAUCAAAAUUGGGAUUGGUGUGAUCGGGAUUUUAUAUCGUGUAUGAAUUUUUUGUGACGUAAGUUGCAAAUCCUUGACUGAAGUCAAUGGGCAGGCCAAAAAAAAAGAGCAAUUAUUGGAGUUUUUAAACGUCAACCACUCCAGCUCUAAUUUUUUCUUCAUAGUAAAUACAGUGGAGGAAAUAAUUAUUUGAUCCCCCACUGAAUUUGUAAGUUUGCCCACUGACAGAGAAACUAACAGUCUAUAGUAUUUGAUCCCCUACCAACCACUAAGAGUUCUGGUUCCCACAGAGUGAUUAGACACUCCUGCUCAAUUAGUCACUCUCAUUAAAGACACCUGUCUUAACUAGUCACCUGUGUAAAAGACUCCUGUCCACAGAAUCAAUCAAUCAAACAGACUCCAAACUCUCCAACAUGGGAAAGACCAAAGAGCUGUCCAAGGAUGUCCGAGACAAAAUUGUAGACCUGCACAAGGGUUGAAUGGGCUACAAAACCAUUAGCAAGAAGCUGGGAGAGAAGGUGACAACUGUUGGUGCAAUUGUUCGAAAAUGGAAGGAGCACAGAAUGACCAUCAAUCGACCUUGGUGUGGGGCUCCACGCAAGAUCUCACUUUGUGGGGUGUCAGUGAUUCUGAGGAAGGUGAGAAAUAAUCCUAGAACUACACAGGAGGAGUUAGUUAAUGACCUCAAAGCUGCUGGGACCACAGUCACAAAUAAAACCAUUGGAAACACAUUACACUGCAAUGGAUUAAAAUCCUGCAGUGCUCACAAGGUCCCCCUGCUCAAGAAGGCACAUGUGCAGGCCUGUCUGAGGUUUGCCAAUGAACACCUGAAUGAUUCAGAGAGUGACUGGGAGAAGGUGCUGUGGUCAGAUGAGACCAAAAUUGAGCUCUUUGGCAUUAACUCUACUCGGCGUGUUUGGAGAAAGAAAAAUGCUUCCUAUGACCCCCAAAACACCAUCCCCACCGUCAAGCAUGGAGGUGGAAACAUUUUGCUUUGGGGGUGUUUUUCUGCUAAGGGCACAGGACAACUUCACCGCAUCAACGGGAAAAUGGACGGAGCCAUGUAUCGUCAAAUCCUGAGCGACAACCUCCUUCCCUCUGCCAGGAAACUGAAAUUGGGUCGUGGAUGGGUGUUCCAGCACGACAAUGACCCAAAACAUACAGCAAAAGCAAAAAAGGAGUGGCUCAAGAAGAAGCACAUUAAGGUCAUGGAGUAGCCUAGUCAGUCUCCAGACCUUAACCCAAUAGAAAACCUAUGGAGGGAGCUGAAGCUCAGAGUAGCAAAGAGUCAGCCUCGAAACGUUGGUGAUUUAAAGAUGAUCUGCAAAGAGGAGUGGUCCAAAAUUCCUCCUAAAAUGUGUGCAAACUUGGUCAUCAAUAUACCUUUCGGUAGGCUCCGCCCAACCACCUCUCCCCCAUAGUUACAGUUGCUAUGCAGGGACAAGCUUUGCACAACCAGCGUUCAAAACAAUGGCGGCGCCCCUACUUUGCACGUUAAAAUGAAGGCUGUACCUGAUGUUUUGAUUGAUGAAUUUUUGAGGGAAAGCUCAAAUAUCUCUCAGAAAUCUUACCAACAAGGCCUGCAAUAUGCAGUGAAGGAAUAUGUGCACAUUAUUCAGGUUUCUACGGACAAAAUAGAAGCUAAAGUGUAUUGCUUUCAAAGGAAGAAUGAUAAACCACAUCUUCUGGUUCUUUACUAUGUCGGCGACAGUAUCACCAGACAGGGGUGUUUGUGUAUCGCAGGGUAAGUUCUACACAACUAUUAAGUACUUACUAGAUUACUAGAUAAACAUAAUGAGGAAAUAAUUUAACUAGUGGUAUACUGCUCGGUGAUUACGUGGUGGUGUGUUGAACUUUACCAAGUGACCCAAACUUUCUGCAAAGCAUGCUUGCUAACAUGACUCCGUUUGUAAGUCAUGUCAUGGCAGUCUAUCACAAAUAAACAGCUUAAAAUGUUAAAAAGAAACACUGGACAUGUUACACAGCAUGCUCAUUAAUCUAAUGGUGAUCUAAUGGCCUAUCACUGAGCUUAACUUGUCUUGUUGAUAUUAUAUUGUUAAUCAACUUCUGAAAUAGCCCUAAAUAACAUGGGAUUCAACGGGUGAUGCGGCCAUGAUGUCCGACUUUUGUUUGCUACGCUGUAAUUGGACCAUCGCAGUCUGGGGGCGGAGCAUACCAAAGAGUCUAUUACAAGAAACGUUUGACCUCUGUGCUUGCAAACAAGGGUUUUGCCACUAAGUAUUGAGUCUUUUUUGUGAGAGGGUUCAAAUACUUAUUUCACUCUCUGAAAUGCAAAUCAGUUUCUGUCUUUUAUUUAAAGUUAUUUUCUCAAUGUUCCUUUUGAUGUGCAAUCUGUUAAAAUAAACCUAACAUUAUAAUAAUACUGUUCUGAGACUUUUCAUUUCUUUGCCAAUGGACAAACAGCAAGGGAUCAUAAAUUAUUUCCUCCACUGUAAAUAAUUCAAACAGGAAUGUUUUUUGGUGGUGUACUCCUUGUAUAUAAUAUCACAGUGCUAUUAGUAUUGAUUAUUUGAAAUCUCUCAAGACUCUCAUCAUAAUGUGCACACCCUAUCAGUGGCCACCCCGGCCCUUUCAAAAUUGCGCGGAGGGAUUAAGAGGAAACUCUUAAUGGUCUCGCACCAACUUAUUGAUCAUAUUUUCUUUUACAAUAUGAGCCUGUGAGGGUCCUCAGGUCUUCAGGAAGUGGUCUUUUCACUGUGCCUAAAGUACAAACAAAGACUCAGGCAGCUUUUUAGUGUUGUAGCAGGUCUGAGGAACUGUCUGAAGACCUGAGAGCAGCACAGAGUAUCCAUGUUUUUAAAGCAAACUCAAGACCUGCCUUUUUAGCUGGGGUUAGAACUAAGUUUUAAUUCUAUUACUGACCAUAUAAUAUUAAUUUUCUGAAUUUUUUUUAUCGAAUUAUCAUUGUUAUUACUGAUGAUGACGACUUUGUCCUCUCUUAAUCUGUUAAGAUACUUCCAUGCUGGGGAAGAGGAGUUUCGAACAGAGUUCAAAGUGCCACCAUUCCAGGACUGUGUCCUCACUUUUUGGGGUUUCUCAGAUGAAGAAAAGGCCAACAUGGAGGAGAGGACUCUUAAACAUGGUCUGAGCUGGAAUAUUUAGGAAUUUGUCUUAAUCAGUUGAUAGUCUGUCUGUGAGUGUAUAUGAAGCUAUAUAGACAUGCUUGUGUUUUCUCUCACUACAUUCUAUUUGUUUAUUUCAGGUGGCAGUUAUCUUGAGAUUGGAGAUGAGAGGUGUACACACAUGGUGGUGGAGGAAAACUCAGUGAAGGAGCUGCCGUUUUCUCCUUGCAAAAAGUUGUUUGUGGUCAAAGAAGAGGUAAAGCUUUUAAUAUUUAGAAAGUGUUGUAGGUUAUAGGAAAUAUUUUGGUUAAUGCAGUCUCUGUUCCCUCUCUCUGUCAGUGCUGUCAGAGAGAGGGGGAUCAACGACAAAUUUCACAUCUCAGUGGAUGAAUAAUUUGAGCCAGUAGAGCAGUGGCUCAGUUGUAGUUUUAACCCCUUCAAUCAAAAGGGCCUUUUCUCUACCCCGCUAGAUUUAUUGCUUUUCAAAGACAAGUAUAGGUCAUUAUGGUAUCAAAUCUUUUUGUUGUUGUUGUUUUAUACACCAACCUCUGUGGUAACCCACAGGUCAGUGAAAUCCCUUUUCUCUCUACUUUGGUAGUGGUUCUGGGGAAGCAUUCAGAUGGAUGCCCGAGCUGGAGAGUCUAUGUACCUCUAUGAGAAGGUGAGUGCAUUAUGGGUAUGGUUAUCCCUGUGAAUCAGGAAUACCUGACUUGUGAUAUGUAAACAGUAAGAAUUGUUUUUCCCUAUGCUUGCUUAAGUAUUAUACAAAGGCACAAGAUAAAUCAUGUCCUUACUUCUUUUUCAUAUCUAUUUUAAUUUAAGCUUUAUUUACUGUGGGAAAAGUGAAACAGCACUGCAGCAACAGCUUCUCAGAGCAGUCAGUGUAAAUCACAUUUAAACUAACUGUAAAACUUUGAGUUUUUGAUAAUAAUUGCUCAACAAGCUAGGACCUGCCUUUGUUUCAAGAAUAAGUUGUGGAGAGCAACUUAUUCAAUUUUAGGCUUAAUUGAAUAUAUAGAACAUCAUUAUUUAAACUACAAGCUAAUUGUCAGAUUCAGAUCACAUAUGCAAAGUAAAAAAAUAUUAUGACAGUGUGUUUAUUAUAUUGUACAGACUACUGAGCAGUAUGUAAGCAAGCACAUUAAAUUUAUUUAGCUUUUCAAUUAAAGUGAGUUCCCAACUUAAUCAGUUUCUACUUGGGAUUUAAAGUUCAAUAAUACCAACAUUUUAAAAUGACUUACUGGUGCAAGUUGCCAUUACUCUGCUGCAAAAAAUUCUGCAUUUUUCUUUCAUGAGGUCUUAAAAAUUCAUAAAUAAGGUUUUAAAAAGAGUGUAGGAAUCCUGUGUUGUACAGACUGAGUUAGCUGGAGACACUCUUAGCACUAAGGCUUCCUGCAAGGUCCUGACCACUGCUUUUAAACUUUUCCUCAGAUCACUCACACUCCAUCUGCAGUCUCACAGCAGUGAUAACUGUGCUGCCAUUAACACUUGUGACCCUGCUGGGUUUCAGGUGUAGCAGGAACUAAAGGCCAGGGUAUGCUUCAAACCAGCUAACCACUUUACAGAGUGCUAUUUUGAAUGCCAAAGUGUUUUAACUUUUCCUUGAGGCCACACUAAGUGGCUUUUCUUUCCUUAACAGUUUUAAAUCCUCCCACCAGAUAUUGAGGGCAUACCUUGUUUGGCUUUCACCUGGCCAGUCACUUGUGGAACUGGUGCCUUUUAGUUGGAUAUUUGGGGAUAGCUGUCAUAUGCUAUGUACUGUGGCGAAGAAUUACCAUGCAGUAUGACAAAAUUAUACAAGCAGGACAUAAGAUCUCUAAAUAAAGGAAAAUGACAUUACUUUUUUUGUGCUUCCUCUAUCUAAAAUUUCAAAAGCUUUUCAAGAAUUUUUAAAUAAUAAUAAUACUAAUAAUAACUUUAUUUAUAUAGCACCUUUAAAAACAGAAGUUUACAAAGUGCUUUGACAACAGUUGCAAGCACAGAACAUCAGCACAUGAAAAUAAAAACAAAAGCUCAGUUAAAAACAAGGCCUCUGAAUUGUAGGCCAAUUUCAUUUUUCAUAAGAAACCCAGGCUAUACAAGAACCCUACAACAUAAAAUGGGACCAUGAGGACCAAAAUAAAAACAUAAAAUGAAGUAGAAAAGGAGGGCAGAAAGCAGGAAACAGGCUAGUAAGUAUGAAAGAGGAUAUUAUUGUUAAUAAUAAUAAAAUGAUAAUGAUGGUAAUAUAAAUGAUAAAAUGGAAUAAUAAAAACAUUAAAAUCAAUGAAGGACCUAAGAGAUAAAAUAAGAAAAGAUUAUAAGUAAAACAAAGGCUAAAAGGAUAGCAAGUCGAAAUAAGAGGUAAAAGAGAUAUAGCUGAGCAGAUAAGGAAAUAAUUGUUCACUUUUUUAUACAAGCAUGAAAUUUGGUACAUAUACUCUUCAAACCCCACUCUUUUCAAAAAUAACGGGGGGGGCAUGCCUUUUACCUUCUCCUGGCCAACAUGCUGAAAUAUGUCAUGCACACUGAUCCAGCGCAGAGUCUGACCUUGCCCAAAUGCAAGCCACAUAUGCUGUAGGCCAGCCUCUUGGAGACCGCUGAAUACACUUAUUGCUAAGAUCAGAACAUCUGUGUCAUUUGCCUUGAUCAUGAUGGAUUGGCUUCCAGUUGCAUGUUUGGCAUGCACGAAGAUGCUGCUGUCCCCUUCCUCAUGAGAGCAUUUAUCCAGUCCAUCAAGACCAGUUGCACGAGUGCUGAGGACAGCAAGUCCCUUUGUGAAGAUGAUGGUAUUUAGGGCAAACAUUUGUUUAACCUUGUCGGCAAGGGUGGGACAACUCUGUUUUGUUGUCAUUGUGCCUCAGGAAGUUAUGCCAGUUAGAUAGCAUGGUGUUCUUAUUUGUUACUUUGCGUCUUUCCUCCUGGCCACGUUUGGACCUGGUCUCAGCUUUAAGGCUUGAUGGGUUUUACACAUCAAAGACCAGAUGUGUCAUUGUGUACUUGCUGGAGUACAUGUAGAUCACAGGUAGGAAGUCGAGAGCUGCAUAGUCCUCAAAAGUCUUGGAUCUUUUUGGUGGCAGGGCGUGGUCCAAAGCUGACCCAUCUACAAUGAGAACAUCUGCCUCAGGUUCCUUGUCAACUGGUGGGACAUAAUUCUCAAGGAUAGGGGUCAGCUGAGACUUCUGGCAAGUGUACAAUUUUCCACCCAUGCUCAAUGCAACAGGGAAGGACUGGUUCUCAUGCUGAAAGAACUCCUGGAGGUCAUGAUGAGUUACACAGCAGUGAUAUCACCAGUGUGCCCUGGUUGUGUGCCGAUAUUCACUCUAUUACAUCUGCAAGCUUGUACUGUAUAAACAUCUAAAUUCUGUACUGCAAUGGCCCCAUUGGAUGCAUAGACCAAAAAUAUGUGCAUGCGAAAAGUUAAUGUUUCAUAGUCACUAAGAUCAGAUUACUUCAAGGCAAUGGCGGCCAUCUUGGACACCAUCUUGGUUUUCAUAUUUAAUGUUAUAACCCUCAUGAAAAUAACAGAUAAUGGAAAUGAUAUUUUCAUACAACCAUAUGCACGUAACAACAAUUGGUGUUACAAAUUUCUCACUCUCCCAAUUCUAUAUCUGUAUCUAUAUGCUGUAUCUCAAGAACCGUAAUGGAUACAGAAAUGUACUAGGUACCAACAUGUCCACAAUACCCAACUUUAUAUUCAACUUCAAUAUAUGUAUGGGGCUUAAAAUCAAGUCAUUUUGAGUUAUAAAGGAAAAACCACAUUUUUGGGGCGGACAUCUUGGAUUUUGGGGCCGCCAUCUUGGAAUUUUGCGUGGCUAACGUUAUUUUUGAAAAGAGUGGGGUUUGACGAGUAUAUGUACCAAAUUUCAUGCUUGUAUAACAAAGUGAACGAUUCGGGCUAUAUUAUGCAUUUGUCUGCUCCACUAUAAAAGAAAAAAGAGAAAAAAGGUAAAAGAUGGUAAAAGACGGCAUCACAUAAAAGCAAGUCUGUAAAAGUGAGUUUUUAAAUUUGACUUAAAAGAAGCGACUGUCUCUGCACGCUUUGUCUCCUCUGGCAGGUCGUUCCAAAGUCGAGGAGCUCUGAUGGAGAAAGCCCUAUCACCUUUAGUUUUGAGCCUCGACUUUGGAACGACUAGGUGGCCUUCGCCAGAGGAUUUGAGGCUGCAAGUUGGCUCAUAAGGUAUUAAAAGCUCUGAAAUAUAGCUCGGAGCGAGUCCUUUAAGCGCUUUAAAAGUAAUCAUUAAAAUCUUAAAAUCAAUUCUUAAACUGACAGGAAGCCAGUGAAGGGAGGCUAAAAUUGGAGUGAUGUGAUGCUGUCGACUAAAAAUCAGUUAAAAGCCUGCAUUCUGAACUAGUUGGAGGCGAGAGAGUGAUUUCUUGUUUAAACCAGGGAGGAAAGAGUUACAAUAGUCCAGUCUUGAGAAAAUGAAGGCGUUGAUUAUCUUUUCGAGAUCUGGUGGGGUGAGCAUUUGUUUAAUCUUUGAAAUGGAGCGCAGGUGAAGGAAACAGGACUGGACAAUCUUGUUGAUAUGGGUGGAGAAGGUGAGGUCUGAAUCGAAGGUUACUCCCAGAUUUCUGGCUGUUGGUUUGACUAUUACUGACUGUGGACCGAGACAAGACUGUAUGAGGGGGGAGUUUUGUAUGUUACAAAGAAUUAUUUCAGAUUUUGAAUCAUUUAGCUGAAGGAUAUUUUGUGCCAUCCAACAGUUAAUGUCACUUAGACAGUCCAUGACAGCAGCUAGGCCUCUUGGGUCCUCAGGUCUCAAAGGAAGGUAUAUCAAUGUGUCGUCUGCAUGGCAGUGCAAGGAGACUUUGUGGCGCUGAAUUAAUUGGCCAAGGGGCAGCAUGUAGAUAGAAAAUAAAAUUGGUCCUAAAACGGAACCUUGCGGUACACCACAGGCGAUAGCAGAAGUAGAGGAGGUGUGAUUACCUAUGGUGACCGCAAAGGCUUGUUCUAAAAGGUACGACUGAAACCAGCCAAGUGCAGUGCCCCUGACACCCACCCAGUUUUUAAGACGUUCAAUUAAAAUAGCAUGAUCAACUGUAUCAAAAGCUGCACUGAGAUCUAAAAAAAAUUAAAAUUGAGCCCUCCCCUCUAUCUGCUGCUAAAAGACGGUCAUUGGUCACACGGAGGAGGGCAGUCUCAGUGCUGUGCUUGGUCUAAAAUUGUUAAAAUCAGAGGGGUCAAGGUUUGGCUUCUUUAAAAGGGGUUGUACCACAGCAUGUUUAAAAGCAGAGGGAAAUACUCCCUCAACUAGAGAGCUAUUAAUGAUGGAUAAAAUGCUGGGCCCAACCACGUUAAAAACCUCUUUGAGAAAUCUGGUGGAGAUAGAAUCAAGACUGCACGUAGCUGGUUUCAUUUUGGCUAAAAUAUCAGAUAAAAAUUGUAAGGACACCGGCUUAAAACUACUAAAAUAGUGCUUAACUUCCCGACUUAAGAGUACAGGGAGACUGGGAGGGGUGAUUUGAUGCCUGAUGUCCAUAAUAAUAAUAAUAAUUCAUUUUAUUUGUACGGCGUUUUUAAAAACACUCAAAGACGCUUUACUUAGAAUGUAAAACCCAAGAUAAUAAAACAGAGCCAUGAAAACAGUAAAAUAAAACAGUUAAAUAUUAAAAGCAAUUUUAAAUAAGUGAGUUUUUAAAAGGGAUUUGAAGGUAGUGGGGUCAGGGCAGUGUCCGAUGGAGGGUGGUAGGGAGUUCCAGAGGGUAGGGGCAUCCCCGAUCCCCCCAGGUUUGGUGCUUGGGCUGUGAUUUUGGGGUGAGGAGAUGGGCAGAGGAGGAUUACGGGGGGGGGGGUUUGGAGGGUAGACCAUAUAGGAGGCUGUUGCAGUAAUCUAACCUUGAGGUGAUGAAGGCAUGGACCAAGGUUUCUGCUGCAGGGAGGGAGAGAGAUGGGCGAAGACGGGCAAUGUUUUUGAGGUGAAAAAAGGCUGAUUUAGUGACCUGUUUGAUGUGUUGUUCAAAAGUGAGGUGGGUAUCAAAGAUGAGUCCAAGGUUGCGGAUGGAGCAGGAAGGAGACAGGGGUGAGUUAUCAGCUGUGAUGGAGAAGGGGGGGAUGGAUUUGGGGCCGAUGAUUAUCAUGUUGGAUUUGUCACAGUUCAGUUGAAGGUAGUUGUUGGUCAUCCAGGUCUUUAUUUCAGAGAGGCAGUUGGAGAGGGUGGAUAGGGUGAUGUAUUCAGUGGAAAUGUAAAGUUGGACAUUGUCAGCAUAGCAGUGAAAUCAGAGACCAUGACGACGGAUUAUAUUUCCAAGAGGGAGGAUGUAAAUAAUGAACAGGAGGGGGCCGAGCACCGAACCUUGGGGGACACCUUGGUGGACACCUUGGGUCAGGGGAGCAGUGGUGGAGGAGUUGCCGUUUGUGUUGAUGAAUUGUUGGCGAUUUGUGAGGUUUGAUUUAAACCAGGAGAGGGCAGUGUGGAGAGAGGACUGGAAGGCAGGUCUUAAUGAGUGCGGAGGGCAUGGGGUCCAGGGUGCAGGUGGGAGUCUUCAUGCUGGUUAUUAACUGGGAGAGUUGGGCAUGAGAGAUGGGCGAAAACUGGGAUAGGGGCUGAGCAGAGGUGUGGGGGGAGCACGAGGGGGACAUGGGGUGGGGAGUGGGGGUGGAAGUUGCGGACUGGAGGCUGUUGUAAAUGUUUUCUAUUUUGGACUGGAAGAACUGGAGGAAGGUCUGGCAUUUGUCCGGUGUGAAGGUUGCGGUGCUGUUGUCAUGUGGCGCCAGAAGUGAGUUGAUGGUGGAGAACAGGGUCCUGGGGUUGCUGGAGCCAGAGUGAAUGAUGUUGGAGUAGUAUGCUGAGCGGGCGGAGUUGAGGGUGGCUUUGUACUGAUGGAGGUGAUCUGUAUAGAGCUGGAGGUGAAUUGUGAGUCCGGUUUUCCUGUAGAGUCUUUCAAGUUGGCGUUUUGUUUUGUUUCAACUGGUGGAGUGCUGGGGUGUACCAAGGAGCAGAGCGGGCAAAUGUGACGGAUUUGCUUUUCACAGGGGCAAGUAGGUUCAGACAGGAAACUGUUAAAAUUGUCAAUAAAAUGAACCUUUUGGGAGUUGCAAAGCAUGUUGGUCCAGCUGUUCAGGCUAAGGAGUCUGCUAAAACGCUCGCAGUUCUGCGUCACCGUCGGGAGCGGCCCACCUUGUUAAUAAAAUGAAUUAAAAACUUCUCGCAGAUGCCUUGAGAAGCAUCAGUAAAAUAAGAGGGUGAAGGGUUGGAAAGAGACUCUAAAACCUUAAAUAAAACUCUGGGGUUAGAAUAAUUAGCUGAAAUCAAAUUUGAGUAAAAUGCUGCCCUUGCAUCCUUAACUGCCUUCUGGUAGUUUUUCAUGGAGUCUCUCGAAAUUUCGAGGAAAACCACAAACCCAGUUUUCUUCCAUUUGCGUUCGUUUCUUCUACAUAUUCUCUUUAGUUCAUGAGUGGACUCUGUGAGCCAGGGUUGUGGUUCUUUGUUAGAUCUUUUCUUUUUCAGAGGAGCUACAGAGUCUGGGAUGGUUCCACACAUACUGUUAAAAAGAGAGACAAGCUCUUCAGUGUUAAAAACUGGAUUAAAAUCUGGGUUGAGGGCAGUUAAAGAUGCAGCGAUAAAAAGCUCUGAAAACUUGCUAGCACACGAUGCAUUAAAAAUCCUUCUAAAAACAGGAGUUUCAUCAGUAAAAGAAGGCUGGGAUAAAACCAUGGAGAAUAAAACCAGUUUGUGAUCUGACACACAGAUAUCCUUAGUUAAAAACUCCCCAGGACUAAGUCCAGUAAAUAAAACCAAAUCUAAGCAAUGUCCCUUUACAUGAGUUGGUUCCUGUACUGCCUGGGUAAGAUUAAAGGAGUCCAGAGUUUCAAUAAAAUCAACAGUUAAGGGUUGUGAGGGACAGCAAACAUGUACAUCACCCAAAAUAAGAAUUUGGUCGUAUUUACAAAUAAAAAGGGAUAGAAACUCUGAAAACUCCUGAAUAAAAACAGCGUUGUGUUUAGGUGGUCGAUAAAUGAUUAUGAUUAAAACAAGAUCUUUCAAUUUAACAAUAAAAGCAAGGUGCUCAAAUGAACUAAAAGUGCUGAAGGUGAUGGGGAUGCAUUUAAAAUCCUUCUUGUAUAUGACAGCCACCCCCCCUCCCCGGCCUGACUGCCGGGGCUGAUGGAGGUGAGUAAAAUCAGGGGGGGGUGGCUUCUAUAAGAGAAAUACAAUUGUCUGGAGUCAGCCAGGUUUCAGUCAGAAUAAAAAAGUCCAGGUUUUGUGAAAUAAAAUCAUGGCAUAAAAAUGUUUUGUUGUUGAGGGAUCUGAUGUUUAAAAGUCCAAAGUUUGCAGUAAGGCUGCACGAUAUUGGAAAAAACUAACAUUGCGGUUUUUUUCAACCCUACGAUAUAUAUAUUGCGAUGUUAAAAAAUACAGGAAUUUUCACCAGAUGACCUGAAUAGCACUUUAUGUUAUGCUGCACUGCUGAAGUCUAGAGGACAGUUAACCUGCACUGAUCUUACCUCUUUUUGUGAAUGUUAGUAGAAUGGCUUCUGUCUGUCUCAGAGAUAUUUUUAGCUUUUAUUGUUAUGGGACGUUAUUGUGGAAACAGAUGAACACAGAACACUUGUUUUGGUCGACGUUAUCCAUCUUGUAACCGAAAUAAUUCCAGAUAACUGACUUUCCUUUUCUUUUUGGCAACAAGUCUCCAUCUUCUGUGGUUUUCUCUGUGUGUUGCUCAGUUUGCGAUCGUUGUUGUUGUUGUUGUUAACGGGGUUGUGCUGAGAAACGCAUGUCCUCCGAGAAUUGCAUGCACCUCACAAAACGCGCACUGCUUAUAGUAGAGUGGUCCACGGAAAUGUACAAUUUAAAACCCAUACAGUUCUUAUUUGUUGGGCUAAACAGUGAUGAAGAAUGUUCCGAAAGUAAUUCUCAGCGGACACGCGUUUCUCGGCUCAACUCCGGUAGCUGCAGCGACUCCCUCCAUGUGCAGCACAUGUGCAGGGGUGGGUUUCCUCCUCUCUGACUUUGAUUGACAGCUGGCAGAGUAGUCUGAUUGGCAACUGAGAACUGAGUCUGAUUGGCAACUGAGUAAAGAAUGAAGGUGAUUGGUGGAUCGCUGCACAGCACAUGCAGAGUCACAUGCAGUGUAUCUAAGUCAGUUACCCUUGAAAUUAACUGAGUUCAUUCACUUUCGACAUCGCAGGCUCUGCGAUGUGACUAUCGCACAAACGUACAUCGCGAUGAUGAUGCUCAAACGAUAUACCGUGCAGGCCUAGUUUUCAGGUUUGCUGUUAAAAGCAGGGGUAGCCAGGGGGGGCAGAGGAAGGUGGGGGUUGGCAGGUGAAUGAGCGGGGAUUGUGGGACUGUUUUGAGAUGACCAGAGGUUAUUGUGAGGAGGAGGGGGAGUGGCCUGAGUGUGGAAAGAUGGGCUGCUGAGUGCAGACUGUCAGACAGGUGUGGAGUGGAUCAAGUACUGGAUGUUGUAAGAGAGCAUUCGGCUACCCCGCCUGUUGGGGUGGAUCCCAUCAUGACUGCCCGGGGGAGCCUCUCCGAGCGCUUGGAGACGGCCUCCUUCAGCAGCCUGCAGCGCAGUAUCCCGGUCGAGGAGGGCCGCGAUGCCAGGUCCGUGUUGGACAUCUGCAGAGCCGCCUCUGCUGGAGCUGGGUCCGACGAGAGGUGGGGCUGGGUCAGCGGGAGCCUCAUCUCUCAGGGCCAAGAAGUGGUUGGAGAGGGAGAGCUGUGGUGGUGAAGGGACUCUCCCCGCUGCAGUCGUCCUGCGUCUGCGUUGCGCCACCUCAAACCAGGUUUGCUGCCCCUGCAGCUUUGGGGUCGAGCUGUGGGUAGGGAGCUCUAGGAGCCCCACUACCAUGCCAGUAUCAGGAUCGUCCAGCGGUCUCAGACCCUGACUGUGCCGAUCCGCGGGAGGAGAGGUGGAAAGGCAGCCUGCCGGCUUUGCGCCGUGCAGCACGGGUGAGCAGGCUGGACCCCCGGCUGCAGGGCCCUCGGCCGGCCCGUUCGGCGAAUGCAGGGAGGCCAUCCAGGGCAGAGUGGUAGCGGAGGCUGAAACCAGCUGUGGUGCAAGAGCUGAGGGAGAAAGACCGGUGAUCCUGGAGGCCUGACCCAGGGAUAUAUGUUUAGCUUGAGCUGAAGCUACAGAUAUGAAGCCCUCCAGCAGCCUAUCCUUCUCACGGAGAUCGUUUUGCAGACGACAAAGCUUCUCUUCCAACUGAGUUUUUUGUUUUGCAGUCCGCACACACAGUCAUUUAAAAUUCCCACUCUUCUGGGUCCCGCGUAGAGUUCUGUGCGUAAUGCAGCUUGGAUCGUCUGGUCGUCUUAAAAAAAGCCAAUAAAACCCAUACACGGUAAAAAUUCAACUUAAAAGCCAAAAAACUCUUGCGAAUGCAGUCUAAAAAGUUGCUUAAAACGAGUUAAAGUUGGGUUAAAAGUCGCCCGGGACGGAGCGAUUCGGCGGGAUCUCAUUAAUCAGUGUCUCAGCUCUGGAAGUGUGCCUUCCUCCUACUAUUCAAGCCAUCUGGUUUUCCAGUAUCAUAAUAGAGAUUUUUUUCUUGCACUUAUAUUACUGUGUGUUUUUCUUUCUGUCCCAUUGUGCUUCAGAAUGACAGUCCAGCCAUGAAGAAAGCUGUGUCCCUCCUGUCCCUCACCACCCCUAACAGUAAUCGUAAGCGUCGGCGUCUCAGAGACACAUUGGCUCAGCUCACCAAGGAGACAGAGAUCUCCCCCUUCCCUCCGCCUCGCAAAAGGCCAUCAGCAGAGCACUCCUUGUCCAUGGGUUCUUUGCUGGACAUCUCAAACACUCCUGAGACAUGUAAAGCCUUGGCGGGUAAGAAAAAAUGCAGACAAAGUGGAAAAUAUCAGUUUGACCCCUUCUGAUUUCUGGUUGGCAUUUAUGUUCCCUUGUUUAAUAUGGCUGAGUCCCUCUUCACCACAAGAAAAUAGUGACGAGGUGGACCAUUUUUCAUUCCAGAAGACAGAGUAGGGAACAGCUCAGAGAGCAAAAAGGACAAUACUGUGGCAAGGAAUAGGACAAGAAGAAAAACCAGGGAAAGGAGGAUUAAGACAUUCAGGGAAGAGAGAAGGAAAAGAUUCAGCUUGAAUACGCAAACCCUCCAACAGCAAGAGGAAGAGUGGCAGCAGUCAGGAACUUCUACAGGUCAGGAUUCACUUCAAUAGUGGGAUUAUGCUCUUAUAUUACCAAAUAGAAUGCCCUGAUAUGGCAUGAAAGAUUGAAAUGAGUGAAUUUAUCACUAAUUUAUAAAGGCUUAACCUCUUUAGAUUCUGUAAGCAGACUUUUGCAGAGACCUAAAGUCCAGUUUAAAAUUAUUCUGAUUAUAACUUCAAAUAAUAUAAAAACUAACUAUAAUAACUUUAGUGUUUUUUGGAUAUAUUGCUACAACAAUACAAAUGAUAUAGUAUUUGAUAACUGAUACAGUAUUUUAGUGAGGGCUAUUGGCUGUAAUUGCUUGUUGGAGAUGCAUAAUCUUUGUGUCUGUGAUCCCCUGCAGUAACAACACCUUGUCUGUACAUCGUUUCUCCAGAGAGCUCAAAGCCCUCCAAGAGUUCAACUCCAGUUCUGUCCAAGCAGUCAGCCAGAUGGCAGGUCUCCAAGGAGCUCUACCAGACUGAGAGCAACUAUGUCGACAUUUUAAACACCAUCCUCCAGGUAUCAGUGUGUGUCUGGGUUCCCGCUAUGUGGAGCUUUCUAACACUCCCUCGUAGGCUUGCCAGUAGUUGCCCCUGACAACAGUUGCAGGUUAAGUUACAAUCAUUAAAGGUGUGUGUGAGUGUGUGUGAGUGUGUGUGUGUGUGUGUGUGUGUGUGUGUGUGUGUGUGUGUGUGUAUUAGGGCUGAAACUAUUACUCGAGUAACUCGAUUAAUAAAAUUCCUCGAGGCAAAUUAUAUGCCUCGAGGAAUCGUUUAAAUCCGGUACCAUGUGCAGCGCACGGUGUUUGACACGGACGGUUAUUUCUGUUGCGCAGCAGCGUGCUCUUUCCGCUCCUUCCGCUGCUGCGCGUUUCAUAGACAUAAUAAAAGGGUAGACCCCGCUGGGGGUGCUGCGCAGCGAGAAAUGCGGCCGCCAUCUUGGUCAGGUCAAGCUUCCCAUACGCUCCGGUCAAUCAUAUUCAUUCAUUCAGCGAUGCCGGAGCAGUGUGCGGCGUAUUCCUGUGCCAACAGGCGGACAGCAGAGAACAGGGCUCAAGAAAUAACUUUUCACAGUUAUGAUUAAACGUUUUUUCAACAUUACACUUGACUGUAGAGUCAUUUGUAGGCCAAAGAGGAAGACUAUCGGUCAACUCCAAAAAGGAAACAGCAUUUGCGAACAGCUAGCUUAUUCACAAUAAUAGCAACUUUGGUCGAUUAUCAACAGAUUUGCAUUAGAUUGAAAAACUUUUGUUUGAGAGAGGUUCUAAGAAACGUUAAGAAAUAAAAUAGAAAGAAAAAAGAAGAAAGUGAGCUCUGUUUUAUUAUCUGUUUUAUUAAAGAUUUCUUUGUGGUGAUCUCCUGUUUCAUUUUGAAGAUUUCCUAAGGACAAAAACUUGAGGAAGAAGUGGGAGAUUGCUGUUAGAGGGAGAGAUUCGCAGCAGGUGAUUCCUCUGUGCUGUGUAGCCAACAAGCAAAUUGAUAUGUAGUUUAGAUGCUGUCCUGUCAUGCUGUUCUUGUGUUUAAAUCUUUUUGAUAUGUAGGCUAUAUAUUUGUGUGUAUUUUCCAGUUAUUAAAAUAGUGCUUCUAUAUGACAUUAUUUGUGUGUGUCUACAAAUGGAUAAAUAAAAUUAAACUAUAUAAAAAAUUAUAAUCAAAUCAAUAUAUAUUGAAUUGGCCUAUUAAUACCGCCAGUUAUUAAUAAUUAUUGAGACAUAGCAGGAACCUAGCUCUAAACCUAAAUAUAUCCUUGAUUAAUUGUUAUACUAUAAUACAGCCACUGCUGCCAUGUUCUAAAAUAUCAUUUUAUUCAUUCUGAGUAUUUGAAAACGCCAAAAAAAAAUAUGGCCUCUAUCAUGCCUCUUUGAAUGGCGUUUGCAGAGAAGAAAAUUACGUAGUAUUGAGCGAACUAUGAUUCAUUAAUGCGCUCAGACUUCAUUCCGCCGGUUAAACAGCGGUGCAGAGUGAGGCGGAUGACCGGACCAAGAUGGCGGCCGCAUUUCUCGACAGCGCCCAUUCGUGGUAGCGGCCAAUGCGGGGUCUAUCUUUUAUUAUGUCUAUGGCGCGUUUGGUUCAAUCAUGGAGGGAAACGAGGACAGACAGAGAGAGGAAGAAAGAGAUGACACGCAGAGGAAACGACAGAAAGUGUCUAAAGUGUGGGACCAUUACACACUGAAAAGGAAAGAAAACGCCGUGCAGUGCGUUUACUGUAAGGCGGAGUUGGCGUUUCACAACAGCACGUCGUCAAUGCUGCAGCACCUUAAAAGAAAACACCCGGUCCAUGCAUUAAGUCCGCUCUGAGGCAAACGUGAUUCAAUGCAAAGUAUUACAGUGAGAGCAAAACAUUUCUUAUCCGAUUACUCGAUUAAUCUGUCGAUUAAUCGAUAGAGUACUCGAUUACUAAAAUAAUCGAUAGCUGCAGCCCUAGUGUGUAUGUGUAUGUGUGUGUGUGUGUGUGUGUGUGUGUCUAUGUAUUUGUAUGCUUUUGCUUCAGUGUUGUUUUCGUCAGGCAGGACGAAAACUUAAAUGACGACGUCAGACCCCUUUUUUCCUUGACGAAAAUAAGACUAAGACGAACGUCACCAAAGCUCUGUAAAGACUAAAAUGUGACGAAAAUUGUAUUCAUUUUCGUCAGAGGAGAACGAGACGGGACUAAAUUGUUAUUAGGUGGACGAACAAGUUUCAAAACAUGCUUUUUUUUGUCCUAACAGUCAUGCCCCCAUCACACACGCACCAAAAGCCUCGCUCGCGCACAGCUGCGCGCACACACUCAUACACAUACACAGAGCGGCAGGUGGACGAGGCGCGCGCACACACACACACCGUGGCGGCAGGCACAGCAGCGGUGCCCGGUGGCCGAAAAAAGAGGGAUGAUUUUGGUCCUACUUCAGAUACAGUCCAAGUGACAAUAAAACACAAUGUCUUGUACGGGGACGGGGAGAUGAGACAGACGACAGUUGUGGAGCCACAGCUUCCUCAUGCUGCGGCUUCAAACUGUCGGGAAAGAACACCACGAACCUCAAAAGGCACCUUUUUGUCGACUAAAACUAGACUAAAACCGUUUGAGUUUUCGUCGGACUAAAACUAGACGAAAACUAUCAAGGAUAGAAAUGACUAAAAUGGGACUAAAACGUAGAAGCAUUUCGUCAAAAUGACUAAGACUAAAACUAAAUCUAAAAUGCCUGCCAAAAACAACACUGUUUUGCUUGGCCUGUCUUAUCAGUCUGUCCCAGUGGAGAGUCAGACAUCUGACCAGUGAGGUAGAAAAUGACCUGCCUGACCAUUUCUUGUUCUGUCUCCAUAUUCUUUAACUCUUUUUCUUCCUUUGCUUUUUCCUUAGCUUCCCCUUUUUCAGCUUCCUCCAUGUUACAUUCUUUUGUCACACCCUUUCUGUCAGAUCUUUCUUUUCUGUCUCAAACACCUCUGCUCUAGGUUUGUCAUUGCUAUGCUGUUUAACUGUUUGUUGGCUGUGCAAAGAGUUUGUUGGUUUCAAGUAAAUAAUAGAGAAGCAGUCAGGCCCCUGUGAUGUUGUGAAUCAGUGUUAAAACUGACUUCUGACAUCAAACCAACAUACCCCACUGCUGUAGCAUUUAUCACAGAAAAAAGUCUCAUUUGACACCAUUCGCUGGUCAUUUUUUAAGCACUUAAUGCGAUACACAAGGCAUGCUGCUGAUGAUUACUACCGUGUCAUAGUCAAUAAAUAGUCUUUUCAACUAGAGGGGAAAGCAGACUAGAUCUGUACUUUAUAGCCUGGGAGUUUCCUUUUUUGUUUUAGUUACAUACUGGGAUAACAGAUAUUUGAAGUUAGUGUAUGCUCAUCAUUAUAAAACAGUCUGAUUCUGUCAUUCCUCUGUCACUUUUGAAAUCUUGAAUCAUUUACAAUUGUCUGCCAGUAUUUUGCAGUAUUUUCCUUGUCCUAUUGAAGGUAUAGAUGACAUCUUUGUCCAAGGCUGUAUAGUGGAUUAAAACUAAUCACUGCUAGAGAGCCUUGCAGAGCUAGGAAUACAAGGAUUCAAGCCACAAUGGAUGCCAGUCAGUGCUGCCCCUUUAAUAUAAUUUAAUGCGUAGCUAGGCUACAGUUUUCUGCAGACAGGCCCAAGUCUGCCAUGUUGAGAGACCCCUACUGAAGCACUCAUCUUGGUGACGAUAGGCAGAGGUCAGAGCUCCAGAUAUUUAUGAUGAAGCUGGGCUGUAAUGUCGUUGAACUCUGAACACAGAUAGUUUCUCUUUUUUUCUAACCAGACUGUACAAGAAAGAAUACAAACAUGCAUCAACAAUGUGUUUAACCAAGCAGUAGAAUACUUUGAACUGAAUGAGCUGCAGGCCUUUCUCAUCCAGCACAAUGAAUUUAACAACCAUAUUUUUUGCCUCUUUGCAAGAUAGCCAAAACAUUAACUCCUUGGUUUCAGCUUCCAUGUUUUUUUUCUUUAUUUCCAGGCUUUUUGCCUUCAUCUUGAAAAAAAGAUUAAUUUUGCCUUAAAAGGGCAGACCUAUUUUACUCGAGAAUUGCAGUGUAUUACCUUGUUUUCAUUGUGUUUCCACUCAGUCUUCAAUAUGAGUCAGGCUUGAUGUAGUGGGAGUCUCAACUUUUUAAUUGUUUAGAUGCCUUACAUGGCAGCUCAAGAUGCUCAGUCUUUUCACAUUAAAUCUAAUUUUUCCACAGAUGGCAACUGGCAAAACUAUUCUUUGAAUAAGUUAGUAAGUUAGGAUCCACGGUUUUACACUGACAACCCUCAAUCUUUUCUUCAGUUAGUCAGAAAGGAGCUGACGGCCAUCAGUUGGCCAGCAGUUCAAAAUGAACCUAAAAUAUUUAACUCUUGUUUGCUGGCUAAAAGGAAAAUUAAACAAGAAUUUAAAGAAGUGCUGUCUGACGUUUGAUCGUUUGGAACAUUAAUUUGUGUUAGUGUCUUCAUUUUUAUAUUUGUUUUUAUUUGCAGCUUUUCAAGCUUCCUUUGGAAAAAGAGGGGCAGUUAGGCGGGCCCAUAUUAGCGCAAGAGGAAAUUAAGACAAUAUUUGGAAGCAUUCCAGACAUCUACGAGGUUCACACUAGAAUAAAGGUAAGUUAUUUCCAUCAAAAUGAAGUGUUAACAAACAGUAUAAUUUUUAAAAAGGAGUUUUCGACCUGUGACUAUGUGUGGGUUUGUUCAUCAGAGUGAUCUUGAGGAACUCCUGACAGACUGGUCAGAGGACAGAAGUGUAGGAGACGUCAUCCUUAAAUAUGUGAGCACAUAUCAUCCGUACUAGUAUGCAUUUGUUUAAUGUUCCCCUGCAUUGCCUAUUCACAUUGUCAAAGUAAAAAGUACAUUUACUUAAUUGGUCACUGUAACACACUUGUCAGUUGUGCAGCUGUUGUUGAAAGUGUAGAAAGUGGACUCAAUACUAUACUUCUAACGUGUCCAAUCUUCUCUACCAUCAGUCUAAAGAGUUGGUGAGGGCUUACCCACCCUUUGUCAACUUCUUUGAAAUGAGCAAGGACACUAUUGUUUGCUGUGAGAAACAAAAGCCACGCUUCCAUGCUUUUCUUAAGGUAGGUCCUUUGUAUUUGUUCUUUUCGUGUUUGGUUAACUUGUGGUUGGGUCAUUAAGUUGUAUCAAAAAUAAAAACAGGAGAACCUUGUGAUAUAUGACUUCUUCACCACAGUACAGCAACAUUAGUCAAUAAGUGUCCAGAUAAUGUACUUCAUCUGUCUGACACAGUCCAAACAACAGAGCCCCAUGAUUUGAACUUGAUGGAACCAAGAUGGAAACACAGAUUUGGCUCAUAAAAAAGGACCUACUGUCCUAAGUGGAAUAUCACACACAUACACACAUACAUACACACACACACACACACACAUAUACACAUAUAUAUACACACACACAUAUAUAUAUAUAUAUAUAUAUAUAUAUAUAUAUAUAUAUACUGUAUAUACACUCACCGGCCACUUUAUUAGGUACACCAUGCUAGUAACGGGUUGGACCCCCUUUUGCCUUCAGAACUGCCUCAAUUCUUCGUGGCAUAGAUUCAACACGUAGUCCUUGAGCCAAGAACGAAAAUUUCACAUAUCGGUACCACCUGGGUGGGCAAAUUCUAGUUGUGUUUUUUUUUUUGCUAUACAUCCCUACAAUAAGUUUUUAUAUAAUAGACCUUGGUAACUGGUAGCUUUAUUGUAGUUAUCACUCGUUGAAGUAAUACAGUGCAGCUGUUCAAAAAUGAAAAAUCGCCUUCCUUCAAAAUUAGCUUUCUUUCAUUUUAACCUCUCAUUUAGGUGUGUUUGAACUAUUGGCUAGCCAAGGAGACUUGUAAUAACCCCCUAAGUAGUAUUUCAAGUAAUUUAUCUAAUACAAGUGUGUAUAUAUAAGCUUCAAUUAGCCAACUGUCAGGUCUAAAUCAAGGUCUAAAUUAAGGAUAUUUUUUUACUUAGAAGUAGAAGUAAAGUAAAUGCAGACUAAUAGCAUUAUAAUAACACAACUUUAAUAUGACACUGACAUAUUUUCAAUGCAGGAACUCAAUAUACAAUCAUCCUGGCUGGUGCAGGGCAAGAAGACAUUAGCAACAAAAUAAGGUCUACUGAUGUAUACACUCUAUACAAUCAUCUGAGAAAAACUCAAAUUCCUAUUCAAAGUCCUAUUCUUUCCAUAAGGAACAGUGACAGCAAAUAUGACUGUCAAGUUUUGGCUUAGUACAUAAUACUGUCACUGAGUCACAGUGGGUCUGUUAACAUAGCUCCUUUUGGUCAUCACUUAUUAAUCAACAUCAGAAAUCGACAGUAUCAGUAUCUGUAUCUUCUUCUACAUCUGAGUCUGCCGGGUGUGCAAGGGGCUCUUCCUCACUGUAUUGGUUGGCACAAGUUUGUAAUUUGCACAGGUUUGUGCACUUUAGCCCAUUGCUGAGACAGGUGCAGUCUGGUGGUUUGCAUGUCCUCACGCUCUUGCAGGAUAGCAACUGCAAGACCGCAUCUGGUGCUGGGGAACCACGCAUCCACUGUAUUUCCAGCUGCCCUUCAUCAUUUAUGGUCCACCCAUGGUCCUUGGGGCUUGGUACAGAUGGCUUGGUAUGAAGAGACCGUCUCCAGAUAGCAGCCUGGUAGUUGGCAUGAAUCGAAUGCAUUAAUACGCAAUCCUGACAUGGUGUAAGCUGGCUGGACUCAACUUUAGCCAAGGUCCUGCAUGAAGGUGGUGAUAGUGAAAAGAUUGAUGUUGUCUUUGACGUUUACAAGGACAUGUCAAUCAAAAAUUCAGAAAGACUAAACAGAGGUGCAGACAUGGGGAUCCAGUUCAGAAACAUUGUUUCUGGCCACAAUAUUCAGCAGUGGAGGAAACUUCUCUGCAACCCUGCCAACAAAGCCAGUCUCAUCAAGUUCUUGGUGGAGGAAUGGAGUUUUUCUCAGAUGACUGUAUAUAGUACUUGAGCCAAGAACGAAAAUUUCACAUAUCGGUACCACCUGGGUGGGCAAUUUCUAGUUGUGAUUUUUUUAUUGCUAUACAUCCCUACAAUAAGUUUUUAUAUGAUAGACCUUGGUAACUGGUAGCUUUAUUGUAGUUAUCACUCAUUGAAGUAAUAGAGUGCAGCUGUUCAAAAAUGAAAAAUCGCCUUCCUUCAAAAUUAGCUUUCUUUCAUUUUAACCUCUCAUUUAGGUGUCUUUGAACUAUUGGCUGGCCAUAGAGACUUGUAAUAACCCCCUAAGUAGUAUUUCAAGUAAUUUAUCUAAUACAGGUGUGUAUAUAUAAGCUUCAAUUAGCCAAUUGUCAGGUCUAAAUCAAGGUCUAAAUUAAGGUUAUUUUUUUACUUAGAAGUAGAAGUAAAGUAAAUGCAGACUAAUAGCAUUAUAAUAACACAACUUUAAUAUGACACUGACAUAUUUUCAAUGCAGGAACUCAAUAUACAAUCAUCCUGGCUGGUGCAGGGCAAGAAGACAUUAGCAACAAAAUAAGAUCUACUGAUGUAUACACUCUAUACAAUCAUCUGAGAAAAACUCAAAUUCCUAUUCAAAGUCCUAUUCUUUCCAUAAGGAACAGUGACAGCAAAUAUGACUGUCAAGUUUCAGCUUAGAACAUAAUACUGUCACUGAGUCACAGUGGGUCUGUUAACAUAGCUCCUUUUGGUCAUCACUUAUUAAUCAACAUCAGAAAUCGACAGUAUCAGUAUCUGUAUCUUCUUCUACAUCUGAGUCUGCCGGGUGUGCAAGGGGCUCUUCCUCACUGUAUUGGUUGGCACAAGUUUGUAAUUUGCAAUUUGCACAGGUUUGUGCACUUCAGCCCAUUGCUGAGACAGGUGCAGUCUGGUGGUUUGCAUGUCCUCACACUCUUGAAGGAUAGCAACUGCAAGACCGCAUCUGGUGCUGGGGAACCACGCAUCCACUGUAUUUCCAGCUGCCCUUCGUCAUUUAUGAUCCACCCAUGGUCCUUGGGGCUUGGUACAGAUGGCUUGGUAUGAAGAGACCGUCUCCAGAUAGCAGCCUGGUAGUUGGCACGAAUCGGUUGCAUUAAUACGCAAUCCUGACAUGGUGUAAGCUGGCUGGACUCAACUUUAGCCAAGGUCCUGCAUGAAAGUGGUGAAAGUGAAAAGAUUGAUGUUGUCUUUGACGUUUACAAGGACAUGUCAAUCAAAAAUUCAGAAAGACUUAACAGAGGUGCAGACAUGGGGAUCCAGUUCAGAAACAUUGUUUCUGGCCACAAUAUUCAGCAGUGGAGGAAACUUCUCUGCAGCCCUGCCAACAAAGCCAGUCUCAUCAAGUUCUUGGUGGAGGAAUGGAGUUUUUCUCAGAUGAUUGUAUAGAGUGUAUACAUCAGUAGAUCUUAUUUUGUUGCUAAUGUAAUCUUGCCCUGCACCAGCCAGGAUGACUGUAUGAGUGCCUGCAUUUAAAAUAUGUCGGUGUCAUAUUAAAGUUGUGUUAUUAUAAUGCUAUUAGUCAGCAUUUACUUUACUUCUACUUCUAAGUAAAAAAAUAUCCUUAAUUUAGACCUUGAUUUAGACCUGACAAUUGGCUAAUUGAAGCUUAUAUAUACACACCUGUAUUAGAUAAAUUACUUGAAAUACUACUUAGGGGGUUAUUACAAGUCUCUAUGGCUAGCCAAUAGAAAGCUAAUUUUGAAGGAAGGCGAUUUUUCAUUUUUGAACAGCUGCACUGUAUUACUUCAACGAGUGAUAACUACAAUAAAGCUACCAGUUACCAAGGUCUAUCAUAUAAAAACUUAUUGUAGGGAUGUAUAGCAAUAAAAAAAUCACAACUAGAAUUUGCCCACCCAAGUGGUACUGAUAUGUGAAAUUUUGGUUCUUGGCUCAAGUGCUAUGAUACCUGAAAGAACUGCUCCACCAUCAAAUUGGGCCACUCCCACCUCAUCAACUCAUUUAAUUAGACACAGGUUUGAUUCAUUUAUAGAAAAGAGCAGUGUGACCCAAAUAGAGUAUGACUUUUAAUGUGCUUUUGACUUUCUGUGUUGCUUUUGGAGUUAACAAAAAUUCGCCUAUUGAGGAAAAUAACAAAAUGAGAAAAAAUAUAAAAAGCUACCCCUAUGAAAAGUCUAUCAUAUUUCAAUUUACUUAAAUUGACCCUUAAAACAAUUUAGUAUAUGUAAGGUUUUGCCCACCCAAGUGGUACCGACAUCUGGUCCGGCUCAAGGACUAAAGGUGCUGGAAGCGUUCCUCAGAGAGCUUGGUCCAUAUUGACAUGAUGGCAUCACACAGUUGCCGCAGAUUUGUCGGCUGCACAUCCAUGAUGCGAAUCUCCCGUUCCACCACAUCCCAAAGAUGCUCUAUUGGAUUGAGAUCUGGUGACUGUGGAGGCCAUUUGAGUACAGUGAACUCAUUGUCAUGUUCAAGAAACCAGUCUGCGAUGAUUCCAGCUUUAUGACAUGGCGCAUUAUCCUGCUGAAAGUAGCCAUCAGAAGUUGGGUACAUUGUGGUCAUAAAGGGAUGGACAUGGUCAGCAACAAUACUCAGGUAGGCUGUGGCGUUGCAACAAUGCUCAAUUGGUACCAAGGGGCCCAAAGAGUGCCAAGAAAAUAUUCCCCACACCAUGACACCACCACCACCAGCCUGAACCGUUGAUACAAGGCAGGAUGGAUCCAUGCUUUCAUGUUGUUGACGCCAAAUUCUGACCCUACCAUCCGAAUGUCGCAGCAGAAAUCGAGACUCAUCAGACCAGGCAACGUUUUUCCAACCUUCUAUUGUCCAAUUUCGAUGAGCUUGUGCAAAUUGUAGCCUCAGUUUCCUGUUCUUAGCUGAAAGGAGUGGCACCCGGUGUGGUCUUCUGCUGCUGUAGCCCAUCUGCCUCAAAGUUCGACGUACUGUGCUCUUCUGCCUACCUUGGUUGUAACGGGUGGUUAUUUGAGUCACUGUUGCCUUUCUAUCAGCUCGAACCAGUCUGGCCAUUCUCCUCUGACCUCUGGCAUCAACAAGGCAUUUCCGCCCACAGAACUGCCGCUCACUGGAUAUUUUUUCUUUUUCGGACCAUUCUCUGUAAACCCUAGAGAUGGUUGUGCGUGAAAAUCCCAGUAGAUCAGCAGUUUCUGAAAUACUCAGACCAGCCCUUCUGGCACCAACAACCAUGCCACGUUCAAAGUCACUCAAAUCACCUUUCUUCCCCAUACUGAUGCUCGGUUUGAACUGCAGGAGAUUGUCUUGACCAUGUCUACAUGCCUAAAUGCACUAAGUUGCCGCCAUGUGAUUGGCUGAUUAGAAAUUAAGUGUUAACGAGCAGUUGGACAGGUGUACCUAAUAAAGUGGCCGGUGAGUGUAUAUAUAUAUAUAUAUAUAUAUAUAUAUAUAUAUAUAUAUAUAUAUAUAUAUAUAUAUAUAUAUAUACACACAUAUAUACACACACACACAUUACAGGCCUGACUGUCCACCAGGAUCUACAGCAGUAACAUCAGAAUGUCGUUCAUACUGGAGGAGUGUGGCCGAAUUGUGACGAAAAGAGGAAAGGUAAUCCAUACAGACAAUACCGGAAAGGGAGGAAGAUAACAACGCACAAUGGCUUACCAAUCUAAGAGCAGACCACAUCAAUCCUUGUCCCUGACUGUCCACCAGGAUCUACAGCAGUAGCAUCAGAAUGUCAUUUGGACUGGAGAAGUGUGGCCAAAUGGUGCUGAAAAGAGGAAAGGUAAUCCUUACAAAGGGCACUAUGCUCUCAGAGGGGAGAAUAGUGGAUGUGGAGGAGAGCUACAAAUACCUUGGCAUACCACAGGCAAAUGGCAACCACGAAGAGGCCAAAAGGAAUGCAGCAACGGCUAAGUACCUAAAGCGAGAAAGCAGGUCCUAAAGAGUCAGUGAUCAGAUACUCAGCUGGAAUAAUAAGCUGGCCAAAGGAGGAAAUUCAGGCCACAGAUGUUAAACCUCAGGAGUUGCUCACCAUGCACGGGGGUUUCCACCCUAAGUCCAGUAUCCAGAGGCUAUACACUAAGCGCACAGAAGGAGGCAGAGGAUUAGUGAGCAUCAGAGCCACUAUCCAAGAUGAAACAUCCAAGCUCCAUGACUAUGUCAGGAAGAUGGCCCACAGAGAUGGAGCGCUUAGUAAGUGCCUCAGACAAUGGAAACUGACAGGUAAGGAGGAACCGGCGGAACCGUCAUGGGAGGAAAAACCCCUGCAUGGGAUAGCUGAAGUGGCUGAUAUGAGCAAAUCCUACCAAUGGCAGAAGAGGGCUGGACUGAAGGACAGCACAGAGGCACUCAUCAUGGCGGCACAAGAAUAGGCCUUGAGCACCAGAGCAAUAGAGGCCCAGAUCUACCAUACCAGGCAAGAUCCCAGGUGCAGGCUGUGCAAAGAGGGCCCUGAAACACCUAACAGCAGGAUGUAAGAUGCUGGCAGGAAAAGCAUACAUGGAACACCAUAACCAAGUAGCCAGUAUAGUGUACAGGAAAAUCUGUGCAGAAUAUGGACUGGAAACUCCAAGGUCAAAAUGGGAAGCAUCUCUCAAGGUUAAUGGAGAACGAGCCAAGAUCCUGUGAGACUUCCAGAUACAGACCGACAAAAUGGUAAUGGCCAACCAACCGGACAUUGUUAUCAUAGACAAACAGCAGAGUAAAGCCGUUGUGGUAGAUGUAGCCAUCCCAAGCGAUACCAGCAUCAGAAAGAAGGAACAUGAGAAACUAGAGAAGUACCGAGGGCUCAAAGAAGAGAGAGAGAAAGCCUACACACAUAUAUAUUUAUAUAUAUAUAUGUGUGUGUGUAUAUUGGUGGCCUGGCUUAAUUCUGCAGUUGACUUUGCAAAGUUGGCAGAAAUCAUUUAUAUCCGCAGAAGAAGACGUAAAAGACAUUGUUUGCUCACACACUCUGAAAUAUUACCAAACCUUUACUUGAUGCUUGAGAGCCCAGCAGGGAACACAGUUGUGCACUGUGAUGACGUCAGGUUACGUGUUUGGUUACGGUGAUUAGUUACAGUAGUCUGUCCAUCAAGGAAAGUAUUCCCGCCCACUUUUAGGGCUCCCAAUUGGCCAAAGUCCAGACUGUUGUGGGAAGGAACGGCAAGUGAUUCACGCAACUGGAUGGCCCAGCCAGGCUACCUUCAUGGGAGAGAUCGGACAUCCCUGCCCUGCAGGAGAAGGAGAGGAUGCAGAGCCGGAGUUCAGUAUCUGGCAAAACGGAGACGUUUUAAGCCAACUGUCCGGUCCAUCAUUAUGGGAAACGUGAGGUCUCUCCCUAACAAGAUGGAAGAGCUCACAGCGCUGACUUGGCUGCAGUGGGAGUACCAGGAGUGCAGCCUCAUGAUGUUCACAGAGUCAUGGCUGAACGAACUCACUCCGGACCCGCUCGUAACUUUGGACGGCUUUCAUCUCGUCAGAGCGGACCGGAAUGUUAGGGAGAGUGGUAAGAAGAAAGGAGGCCGGAUAGCAGCGUAUGUGAAUGAGAGAUGGUGUAAUGCUGGGCACGUCACUAUUAAAGAGCAGCGCAGCUCUAAGGACAUUGAGCUGCUGGCUGUGGGUUUGCGGCCAUUGGUCUGAGGAGGCCACUGAGGCGCUGCAGGACUGUUUUGAGACCACAGACUGGGAUGUACUGGAGGGAGGUCUGGAGAGGCCUGAAAUCCCAGCCACAGCAGGGGCCACGAGAGGGGACCUGAAGCAGGAGACAGGGAGUGGGCCAACGAGCUGAAUCUGUUCUUCAAUAGAUUUGACUCUGCUCCCACUCCUCCCCUGACUUAUCAAACCAACGACCCGUCUGCUUCUUCUUUACACCACCUCAGUUCCAUGGCACUGGCAUCAUCACCACCUCCACCACCCCCUUCAGCACCACCCCCAGCCUCUCUAUAACAGCUGACCAGGUGAGAAGUGAGCUUAGGAAGAUGAAGCCAAGGAAGGCCAUGGGUCCUGACAGCAUCAGCUCCAGACUACUGAUGGACUGUGCAGACCAGCUCUGUGAGGUGCUACUGCACAUCUUCAGCUUGAGCCUGAGUCUGGAGAGGGUCCCAACACUGUCGAAGACUUCCUGUGUGAUUCCUGUCCCCAAGACAGCACACCCCAGGGAGCCCAACCACUUCAGACCUGUAGCCCUCACUUCUCACCUGAUGAAGACUCUGAAGAGGAUCGUGCUGAGGAGCCUCCGCCUCCUGGUGAGCUCUCAUCUGGAUCCUCUGCAUUUUGCGUACCAGCCGAACAUCGGGGUGGACGACGCAGUCAUCUACCUGCUGCAGAGGUCCAUGGCUUACUUGGAGAACACCGGCAGCACUGUGAGGGUCAUGUUUUUUGACUUCUCCAGUGCUUUCAACACCAUCCAGCCUUCACUGCUCAGGGGGAAGCUUGAGAGGGCGGGAGUGGACUGUCACCUAGCUGGGUGGACCAUGGACUACCUCACUGACAGACCACAGUUUGUGAGGUUUCAGAACUGUGUAUCGGACAUGGUGGUCUGCACCACGGGGGCUCUGCAGGGGACAGUGCUCUCCCCCUUCCUCUUCACCUUGUAAUAAUAAUAAUAAUAAUAAUACAUUUUAUUGGUAAAGUGCUUUUCAAAAACACAAAGACGCUGUACAGAGUUAAGCAAUAACAAUAAAACACACAUCAAUAAGCAAUAAAAUUUACGGCAAUAUCAAUAAAAACAUGUAGAAUCAGGUAAAAUCCAAAUAACAAUAAAACACACAUCAAUAAGUAAUAAAAUUUACUACAAUAUCAAUAAAAACAUGUAGAAUCAGGUAAAAUCCAAUGGGGGGGGGGCUAAGAAGGAUGAAAGGCAGUGCAGAAGAGGUGGGUUUUGAGAAGGGUCUUGAAUCUCUAGAGGUCAGUGCAGUGGAGGUGGUGCCAUAAAGGAGACUGUUACAGUAAUCUAGACGAAAUGAAAUGAAUGCAUGUAUAAGGGUUUCAGCUGCAGGGUAGGAGAGGGAGGGGCGGAGGCGGGCAAUGUUUUUGAGGUGGAAGUAGGCUGUUAUAGUGAUUUGCUUUAUGUGGUGGGUGAAGGAGAGGUUACUGUCGAAGAGAAUGCCAAGGUUGCGACAGUGGGAGGAGGGGGAGAGGGUGGAGUUGUCGAUGGAGAGAUGAAAGUUUGUGACUGUGGAGGUGAGGGAGUUUGGGCCAAUGAUGAUGAGAUCUGUUUUGUCAUAAUUGAGCUUGAGAAGAUUGCUGUCCAUCCAGUGUUUGAUGUCAGAGAGGCAGUUUGAGAGGGAGCGUUGGGUCUGGGGGGUGAUGGAGUUGGAAGAGAUAUAUAAUUGAAUGUCAUCAGCGUAGCAGUGGAAGUGGAGGUUGUGUUGACGAAGGAUGUGGCCAAGAGGGAGGAGGUAGAUGAUGACACACCUCGGACUUCAGCUACAACUCUGGGAGCUGUCACCUCCAGAAGUUCUCUGAUGACACAGCCAUCGUCGGAUGUGUAUCGUCAGGGGAUGAGCGGGAAUACAGGACUAUCAUCACUGACUCUGUCAACUGGUGUGGCACAAACCACCUCCAGCUCAACGCCAGUAGGAUGGUCAUGGACUCAGACUGUUCCAGUGAACAUCCAGCGUCUGGACAUUCAAAUGGAGUCCUACAGAUUCCUGGGUGUCCACCUCAACAAUAAACUGGACUGGUCAACAAACACAGACGUGCUGUACAAGAAGGGCCAAAGUCGUCUCCACCUGCUGAGGAGACUGAGGUCCUUUGGAGUGUGCAGGACUCUGCUCAGGACUUUCUAUGACUCUGUGGUAGCAUCUGCACUUUUCUAUGCAGUGGUCUGCUGGGGGGCAGGGAGCAAAGCUUGUAUCCAUCAUGGACAAGCCCUCUCACCCACUGCACCAGACUCUGGGGGCUUUAAGCAGCUCCUUCAGCAGCAGACUUAGACUCCCACCUUGCAAGGCGGAGCACCACCGCAGGUCAUUCCUCCCUUUACAACAAACUGCAAUAAAACUGGACUCACACCACCACUUUUUUUUCUGGUACUUAAGUUGUGUAUAUUGUAUAUAGUUUUAUUUUCUUCUCCCUUUUUCCUUUUCUAGAUUUUUAGAACAUUUAUUUAAGUUCUUAAUGUACGAUCUUUAUUUUUAUAACUGCAUUUUUGCACUUUGUGAUGCUGCUGUGACACAAAAAUUUCCCCCAUGGGGGAUUAAUGAAGGAAUAUUCUAUUCUUUCCUUAUAUAUAUAUGUAUAUGUAUGUAUAUAUAUAUGUGUAUGUGUGUACAUACAUAUACAUGUAUACAUACAUAUACAUGUAUAUAUAUAUAUAUAUAUGUGUGUGUGUGUGUGUGUGUGUGUGUGUGUAUGUGUAUAAAUAUAUUUGCAUAUAUAUGAAACAAUAUUUCCAUUCAAUAGAUCAACCAAUCCAAGCCAGAGUGUGGCAGGCAGACACUUGUAGAGCUGCUCAUCAGACCAGUGCAGAGGUUGCCCAGUGUAGCCCUUCUUCUAAACGGUAACAUACACACUUGCUAACAGGCUCUUUAAAAAAAAAAAAGAAAAUUUUCUUGUGCUAAUUGCAUCUUCUCUGAUCCUUCCCUCCUUAUCUUUGUCCUUUCAUACCACCUUCUCCUUUCCUUAUCUUCUGUUGAUACCUGUCUGCAAUUUCUAUUCCCCUGUUUCCCACUAUGCUCACUUUUUUUCUGUUCUGUCCUCAUCUCACUAAAGUUUCCCUUUCUCCCACCAUUGUAGACAUAAGGAAGCAUACAUCAGAUGACAACCCAGACAAGAUAACAUUGGAAAAAGCAAUUGAGUCUUUGAGGGAAGUCAUGACGUGAGUUGAAAUAACCUCUUCUUUCCUUUUGUUAUGAUCACACAGCCAGCAUUGUUUAAUUUUUUAGGUGGAUUAGUUACUGCACAGAGAAACUUGUACCAGGUUGUCAGAAACACACUCAAUAAGUACCAUAUGUAAAGAAUUAGAUAAGAAAGAGUAAACAGGAGAAAAACAGUAGUUGCGUAAUCAUUGCACAAAAUGAUCAUGUGGUGUUUAACAUGUAGAGUAUCUGUUUGGCUACAUUUCAAUAUGUGGUAAUAUAAAUGAGCCAAGAAAAUAAAAUACUUGUAUAAUCACCAAACUGAUAGACUUGGGUAUGUGUGCACAAACCUAAAAAAGGGAUCUCAACUUUUCUUGACUUGAUACAAGGCAAGGUAGGUUAAUUGAUGGAGCACUAUCAAUUCAAAGACCAAUUUAAAGUGCUUAAUGUAGUAAAACCAUAUACGGAAACAACAGCAUUAAAAAAGAUAUAUGAAAUUAAGCAAAUGUGAGAAUCAAAACAAAAUAUUUUUAAUGAUGAUACCAUAAAAAGAGAGAGGAAAUAUGAAGCGCUCCAAAACAUUUGUGAACACCACUGAAUAAUUCACUCUGUGUGCCCCACAGUGCACAGUGCUUUGCAGUCCUCCACAGAGGACUUUUUUGCAGCUUGCAGGAGAAAAUACAGGGACUUGUCUAUAGUCAUAAAUGUUGCAAUCAUCAGUGCAGCACACAUUUGGCAUUAGGUCAUAUAUGUACUGUGGAUAUAAAAUGUCUACACACCCCUGUUCAACUGCCAGGUUUUAGUGAUGUAAGGAAAUGACAGCAAGAUAAAUAUUUUUACAACUUUUUCCAUCUUUAAUGUGACCAAUAACCUGCACAAUGCAAUUGAAAAACAAAAAAUAGAAAAGUUAAAAUAGCCUGGUUGCAUAAAUAUGCACACCCUUAAACUAAUACUUUGUUGCAGCACCUUUGACUUUUAUUACAGCACUCAGUCUUUUUGGGUAGGAGUCUCUCAGCGUGGCACAUCUUGAUGUGGCAGUAUUUGCCUGCUGUUCUUUGCAAAACCGCUCCAAAUCUGACAGACUGCGAGGGCAUCUCCUAUGCACAGCCCUCUUCAGAUCACCCCACAAAUGUUCGAUGGGAUUCAGGUCUGGACUCUUGCUGGGCCAUUCCAAAGUCUCAAUCUUAUUCCAGUGAAGCCAUUCUUUUGUUGAUUUAGAUGUGUGCUUUUGGUCAUUAUCAUGCUGAAAGAUGAAGUUCCUCUUCAUCUUUAGCUUUCUAGCAGAAGGCCGAUUUGUGCCAACACUGACUGGUAUUUGGAACUGUUCAUAAUUCCCUCCACCCUGACUAAGGCUCCAGCUCCAGCUGAAGAAAAACAGCCCCAAAGCAUGAUUCUGCCACGACCAUGCUUCACUGUGGGUAUGGUGUUCUUUUGGUGAUGAGCAGUGUUGAUUUUGCGCCAAAUAUACCUUUUGCAAUGAUGCCCAAAUAGUUAAACUUUGGUUUCAUCAGACCAUAACACAUUUUCCCACACGCGUUUGGGAGAUUUCAGAUGUCUUUUGCAAAAUUAAGCCGGGCUUUGAUGUUUUUCUUUGUAAGAUAAGGCUUCCAUCUUGCCACCCUACCCCAUAGCCCAGACAUAUGAAGACAGUGGGAGAUAGUUGUCACAUGUACUACACAGCCAGUACUUGCCAGAAAUUCCUGCAGCUCCGUCAGUGUUGCUUUUGGCCUCUUGGUAGCCUCCCUGACCAGUUUUGUUCUCAUCUUAUCAUCAAUUUUGGACGGAUGUCCUGUUCUUGAUAAUGUCAUCGUUGUGCCAUUUUUUCUCCACUUGAUGAUGACGGUCUUUACUGUGUUCCAUGGUAUAUUUAAUUCCUUAGAAAUUCUUUUAUAGUCCUCACCUGACUGAUAUCUUUGAAUAAUGAGAUCCCUCUGAUGCUUUGGAAGCUCUCUGCGGACCAUGACUUGUGCUGGAAGAUGUGGCUACAAAAAUAUCAGGAAAAGCCUACUAGAACAGCUGAACUUUAUUUGGGGUUGAUCAGACGCACUUUAAUUGGUGACAGGUGUGUGCUGACUCUAAUUUAACCUGAGUUUGAAUGUUAUUGUGUGGAGCAGGUGUCAGACUUCCGUUCCUUGGGUGUUCAGAUCGAGGAGGGCCUGACCUGGACUGUAAACACUACGAAGGUGAUUAAAAAGGCCCAACAGCAUCUCCACUUUCUGAGGGUCCUCAGGAAAAAUAGCAUCACACAGACACUGAUGGUGUCCUUUUACAGGUGCUCCAUAGAAGCCAUUCUUACGUAUUGUAUAUGUGUAUGGUUUAGCAGCUGCACUGUGGCCCAGAAAAAGGCUCUCCAAAUGGUUGUCAACACAGCCCAGAGGAUAGUUGGUUGCCCCCUUCCCUCACUGGACGACCUUCACAGUGCUCGCUGUGCUAGAAAAGCUCAGAGCAUUGUUAAAGACACUUUCCAUCCUGGUUACUCCUUGUUUGAAUUUUUGCCAUCAGGCAGACAUUACAGGACAAUCAAAUCAAGAACAAACAGACUUACAAACAGUUUUUAUCCGACAGCAAUAACUACCCUCAAGGUUAUGUGUGCCUGAGUAUGUAUUUAUUUAUUUAUUUAUUUAUCUAGUUAUGCUGUUAUUUAUUACUGUAGUUGUUUUUAAUGAUGCACUGACUGUUUGGCACAUUUAUUUAUUUCGUUGUACUGCUUACAAUGAUAAUAAAGGACUAUUCUAUUCUUAUUGGUUAAAUCUGGACACAGCCACAUCCCCAGUUCUUAAAGGGUGUGCACACUUAUGUAACCACAUGAUCUCAGUUGUUUAUUUUUACUUCACCUCCCUGAAAGAUUUCUGUUUGUUUUUCAAUUGUGUUGUACAGGUUAUAAGUCACAUUAAAGGUGGAAGAAGUUGUGAAAUUAUUUAUCUUGAUUCAAUUUUUUUAUAUGACAAAAACCUGGCAUUUGAACAGGGGUGUGUAGACUUUUUAUAUCCACUGUAUAUGUUAACCAAAACAGUUUAACACAAUAUACAUUAACACAGAUUUAAAAUCACUAACAUCAUCACACCCAGUCCCUUACUAUAACUUCUAAAAAAAAUUACCUCCCAUGUGACUCAAUGAUGUGAAUUCCAGUGUGCAUUGAUACAGUAAUUGACAUCAUCUCAUAACCAGUGUGGUACAUAGAAACAUGGCAAGAACCAAAAAGUUUUUUGGGAGGCAGAUAGCCUUCUGUUUUUAUUUAUUACUAUUAUUUUUAUUGUUGUUGUUCAUCGCCAUUAUUGUCAAAUUCCUCUCUUAUAUUCCAGACUUGAGGCACUGUUAUGAGGAGUCAGAUGCAAACCAUAUAUCUGUGCUUUUGCUCAGAGAACCUGAGUCAUUAGAUGUCUUCAAACUCUAAAAUGUUGUGCCUUUCUGAUUCAUAAAUAAAAUUCCUUAGGAUUAACAGUCAGACACAUCACAUAAAGUUUUUCUUUUUGCUUUAUAUGCCCAUUUUGCCAUUAUGUGUCUGGUGAACAUGGUCGACAAGUUUAGCUAUACACACAAUUCAGAUAAGUUUUCAUCAAAACUGUUUCAUUUUUACUGUCAGUCAGAUAAUUGGUUCGUUGCUUAAUGGUAUCAGAACUACUGAGAACACCAUAUUAAAUCUAUUUCCUUAAUUCCUCAGCAUUUCUUCCUCUUUUUUCUUCUAGCCACAUAAAUGAAGACAAGAGGAAAACUGAAGGCCAGAAGCAGAUCUUUGAUGUUGUGUAUGAAGUUGAUGGUUGUCCUGUAAGUUUAGUAACUGUUUUGUUUUUAGACCAUGUGCUGCUCAGGCAGUGACGUAUGAUAAUUGACUUGAGAUUCCAGAUGAAUAUUACCUGUUGUUUGUGGAAACUUUGACAUUGUUUUCAUAUUUACAAAAAAAAAAUACUGUUAUACCCCCAUUCUCUUUUUCUUCUCCUUUUCUCUCACUGUUCUAGUCAGCAUUUGUAACACCUUUUUAAUACUUUGUGAUCUGCACAGGCCAACCUGCUGUCCUCCCAUCGCAGCCUGGUUCACAGAGUAGAAACAAUUGCCCUAGGAGACCAGCCAUGUGACCGUGGGGAACAUGUUACACUCUUCCUCUUUAAUGACUGCCUUGAGGUGAGAAUGCAUUCAAGACUAUUGCCAACCUUGAUUUACAGCUUUUGUGAAACUACAGAAGAAAGUUUUGGGGUGUUAGGACUGUUCUGGUUUAUGUUCGUACCUUACAAUGUAACCACCUGUGUCUUUCAGUCGGGAUAUUUGGAUUUAACCAGGCUAAGUUGUUAAAGCUACUCUACUACAUACAGUACAGAGAACUGGUUCCAGCAUCACCUGAAAGCGUCAUCUCUUUCCAAAUCCCUAAAUCAUUUAAACAAGUCUUUUUAUUCCUGAACCAUGUUUGUUGGGGGGAAACAGCAUGAAUCUCAGCAUGUUGCUAAACACACACUGUGAUCCAUGUGUGCAUUCAGUGCUAGGGAGGAAAGAGGCAUUUUGCAGAGUAGCAAGAUUGAAUAGGUGAUCAAUUCAUGUGUGGAUAGUCUAUCACUGCUGACACAGGCUGUGUGUGUUAAUUAGCAAAGGGGCAGCUGAAGAACAGGGCAGGCAAUUAUGAAAGAGAGGAGGUGGGUGGCUGCGCUGAAUCAGGGGUGUCAGCGACACCUCCUAAUUAGCCUGUGUGUGUGUGUGUGUGUGUGUGUGUGUGUGUGUGUGUGUGUGUGUGUGUGUGUGUGUGUGUGUGUGUGUGUGUGUGUGUGUUAAACAAGCUGUCUGACAAUUUCCAUGUAGUCCUGAAUGUGUUUUUAUUGAGUGAAUAUUAUGUAAAAGUGGGUGGCCUUGCUCUAACUCCCCUCCAUCAUCACUUAUUAUUGAUUAACUUUUGCAAUCACAUAAUCACUCUCGCCUUCCUCACUUAAACUGUCAAAAUAACAAUGACCUACUAUGAAGUGUCCUGUUUUAUCCUCUCUGCCAUCUCUCUGUUUCUCUGUCCUCCCCCUUCCCUGUUUUGUCUCCCUCAGCAUCUAAUUAAUGUGGCAUUAAUGAGUUGCAUCGUUAAACUCUAUGGAGGCCUCAUUGAUUUAUUGCCAAGUAACCGAUAGCUUCACCCACACACUGCAAAAUGCACCCACACUCAGUCUUUUAGCAUCAAGGACACACACACACACACACACACACACACAUUGAAUACUAUGUAAGUUUUCUUUCUUCCCAUUCAACAACGUUUCUGUCUAAUUUUGUGUGUAUGUGUGUGUAUGUGUCUGUCUAUAGAUUGCCAGGAAGCGACACAAGGUUAUCAAUACAUUUAAGAGUCCACUGGGACAGACGAGACCACCUCCCCCUCUUAAGCACAUUGCAUUGAUGCCUCUGUCUCAGAUUCGGAGAGUGCUGGACCUGCAGGACACAGAUGGUAAGAAAGUGAUUUCAUGCUUACUCUGAAAACUGCAGCUUCCAGGUUGAAUCACUGCAUUUACAUCUAAUUUAAGUGUACUUUAACCUCUCUACCUGAACUUUUUGUAACUUCCCUGAAAUGAAACUAUUGUUGCUGUCGGACUGAAACCUUGUAUUUACAAAACCACUACUUUCCACAAAGAACAAUAACUCUGUUUUUGACAACAUAACAUUACCUGACAAUCAAUUUCAUUUUUUUUAUUUGUGCACCUUUAAAUGUUUGAAAGCCUGAUGACGGGUAUAAAAGGAGAUCAGAAACAUUGAUUUAUGCUGAAAAAAAGGAGAAUGAUGAAAAAUGGAGAUGUAAGGUUUCCGCCCAACUAGUGUCUGAGUAAAGUCGAUCUGAUUAGUGAGUCCAGAUGUCUUUUUUUUUUUCAUAUAAAGUGAUCCAAUUAAGUUGGCCACUAAAAGUUAUUCAACUUGUGGAACAGUUAGAAAUAUUUUACUUAGUAUAUAAACCACUUAAGUCUUGCAGGGUUGUCAGCAAUUUUCAAAUGUGUUUUCUCCUGAUAGGGAGAUUGGGAAUCUUUAGCGUUGCUCAGUUAAAUAAAAGCACAUACAAAGGGAGAAUCUGACAGCUAGAAUGAACACUAGAAUAUACUACCGAAGCUUGUAAAUUAUUGGAACAAAUAGUUUAGAAAGGGAAAGAAAGUUAAUCUUUUUAUUGAUUUGAUACUGAAAUCAGUGGCUUUUUACAGCAAAUUUAUUCAAGAGGAUUAAAAGAAGGUUGGUCAUCACACAGCAUUGAUCAAAUCUCUAAUUUGGCGGCGAAUGAAAUUCAAAUUCCAGCAGCAUCAGUUUGUACAGGGAAACAAAAACACAAAACAAAAAGGCCAAAUAAGUAAGAAAUACAAAUGUAUUAUAUAUAUAUAUAUAUAUAUAUAUAUAUAUGUAUAUAUGUAUAUAUAUAUAUAUAUAUAUAUAUAUAUAUGUAUAUAUGUAUAUAUAUAUAUAUAUAUAUGUAUAUAUAUAUAUAUAUAUAUGUAUAUAUAUAUAUAUGUAUAUAUAUAUAUGUAUAUAUUAUAUAUAUAUAUAUAUAUAUAUAUAUAUAUAUGUAUAUAUAUAUGUAUGUAUAUAUAUAUAUAUAUGUAUAUAUAUAUGUAUGUAUAUAUGUGUAUGUAUAUAUAUGUGUGUGUGUAUAUAUAUAUAUAUAUAUGUAUAUAUGUAUAUAUAUAAAUGUGUAUGUAUAUAUAUGUGUGUGUGUAUAUAUAUAUAUAUAUAUAUAAAAAUAAAGGUAUAAUAAAACAUAGUCAUAAAGUCAGAUAUAAAGGUAUGGACAUUUGGACUUUAUUUUUGACUGUCUGAAUUUUUUAAAAGACACUUUAAAGGACAAGAGCGUCAUGUUUGAAUUCCAGACACCUGAAAUAAAAGCACAGUAAAGUGCAAUGCCAUGUAAACUUGACAUUUUUUUUAGAUGUUUCAGAACAUAGAGACAGAGGAUCUCUCAUGCCCUCUCUCUGUUUUUUAUUUAUUUAUUUCUGUAUAGCUCCAUUCAUUUACAAGGCAAUUCAAAGUGCUUUUCAGAUGCUAGAAAAUACAUUGGAAAUUAAAAAAGAUUAAAAAAUGUUAAAAAGACAAAACGAUUUAAAAUCAAUAUGACAAACAGAUACAUUUUUUCGUCUGUUCAGUGUUAGCCCUGAUUAUUUAUGAAAACCACAAUUUCCCAGUAAAACAAAAUAAAUCGCAAGCUUUCAGACCUGGAGUUCCCCAGAUGGUAAUUAGUUUUCUCUUUGUCUAUCUCAGAUAGUGCUAGUUUUCCGUCUGUCCUGUACGUGUAGGCAAGAGUGUUUUGAUGAAAGGACCUGAUGAGUGAUCUAUAACUGAAAUCACCCACAGUGACACUCUGCACCUACUAACAGAGCUUUGGUGUUUUGGUAUUUGUGUUUCUAUUAAACAGCCAACUUGUAACUUUAAGAUUAGUACUUCUAUCACAACAUUUAACUACAACAGAAUUGUCUAAUCAGGGAAAUGGAAAUUAGAAACACUUGAUAACUGCAAGUAUCUUAGAAUAAGCAAUAAGAUAUAUUGGUUUCAUUUAAUAGUGCAUGGAUAGGAGGUGCUGUAUGAAGGCACAGGCACUGCAUAGAAAAAUAUCAUAUAGCAAAACAUCAUAUUCAGUGCUGUGCUUUAGCCCCUGAAAUGGUCAAUAAUCAAUUUGGAAGAACUAAGGCUUUGUGUAUUUCCUUUUUUUUUAGGCCCUGUUGUUAUUAUUAUUAUUAUUAUUAUUAUUAUUAUUAUUAUUAUUAAUAAUAAUUUAUUUAUUUAUUAUUAUUUUUUUAACCAGUGUCCUGCUUUUGCUUUAAGUUUGUGUACAGAGGAGAAAAGAUGUGGGGUCUGUCACAACACAGAAAAAAAUAUAUUUGUUGACAUCUCCUUUAAAAAAAUGUCAAAUAAAUAAAUAAAUAAUUUUCCAAGUUCAUAAAAUCUUGUGUCAAAAUCAUGAAAAGGCAAGCCGAUGCAGCCUCAACAUUUGGGAAACAGUGUAAACAGUAUGUAGGGUAUCUGAGAGCCAACAUUUCAGUGUUUCCUGCAUUGAUUGACUAGUUUGACAUGAGAGUGCAUUGUUUAGAGACAGUUGUGUGGGUUUGGUGAUGACUGACGUAAAGAAUCUGGAUCAAGACUAAAGUUUGUGUUUCACGUUUUUUUUUUGUUUGUUUGUUUUUUUCUCAUUACUUGUGUGUGCUCGUAUCUCUCCAUCUGUUUCUCCUACUGUUCUCACUGUCCAACACCCUUCCUUUGAUUCCACCUCAUUCUUUUCAUCUCAAUCUCUAUGUUGGCUGAAUUUCCCCCUCCAUUUUUUUGUGUCACUCUGUCACCCUGCCUCCUCCUUUCAGAGUGUGUAAAUGCGUUUGCCUUGGUGGUUCACCCUCCGACCGAACAGGAGAACUUGUUGUUCAGUUUUCAAUUGUCUGGAGAGGACACUGUUAAAAGCAUCUGGCUGCGGACACUUUGCCGCCAUGUCGCCAACACCAUCUGCAGGGCUGAUGUGGUGAGUAGCCAAACACUCAAAUGACAGCAGGAUAAAAAUGACAAAAGUUCAUUAAUUUUGAAAGAAAAACAAAUCUUCAGGCAUCAACAGAAGUAUACAGUGCAAGAAUUAUUAGAUUACAGGUAAUAGUUCUGAUAUGUCAGAAAUGUGGACAUUUAUUAAUCAUUUUAAGUAUAAAAUCCAAAACUGAACUGUAAAAUAAAGAAGAAAAAUAAAAGUGAAAGACUGUUUUAAAUGUAAUUUUCUUUAUACUCAGCUUUUUCUAUUGCAGUGAUCUGUGUGAGUAAAAAUAUAACAAAGUUAAAGUUGCUGCAUAUCAUGUUUUUUUGGCUUUUCAGGGUGUCUUGCAAAAGGUCCUACCAUCAUGGAGGUUUUAAUUUUGAUAUGUGCUGCAGCUAUGCUAAAUAGAAAUGAAUUAUUUUUUUUAUCCCUCUGGACCAUUGUAGAGUUUUUUCAGAAAAUAUACUCAUUUGAAAUAUUAGUUUACAUUACUUUAGAAUAUUGAUCCUUUUGGGAAGGUUUCUCUAAGGAAUUUAAAAUUCCAGCAGCAUCAGUAUGUACAGAAAAAAAGAAUAAAGAUACACUAAAACUUCUGAUGAAUGAAGUAUUUAUAUUACUGCUGCUGCUCCUUGCCAUCCUCUGUCCUCCUGUUACCCUUCCUGAGGAGUUGUACAGUCUGAUGGCAUGAGGGACAAAAGAGUUCUUCAGUCUGUUGGUCUUGCACUUACGAAGGACCAGUGUGUCACUGAAUGUAAUAAAAGACAUAUUGUAAAAGUGAAAGCAGUUUUUAGCAAACUGUGGGAUGUUUACCUUUAUAAGCUUUUCUCAAAGAAAACACUUUUUUAUGGAGUAUUUCAGGUAGCAGCAUAUGUGGUUAAGUUGAACUGCAGUAUGAUCAUAAGGAGAUGUUACCCAGUGUGCCCAUCAGUAAGUUUCUAAUAGUUUUAGGACAACAAAAAAACUCCACGAGAAACACCAGCUCCAGCUAUAACACAGCAGUCCUCAGAACAACAAUUCCUAAAUGGUUUUAGUCUCAUUUGUGGAUUUAUUUAUAAGAUGGAGUGAAAUUAUUCAGUCUUCCUGGUGCAUUUAGCACAGCAUGCAGCAGGGGGCGAUGUUGGCCUCUGGUCUGCCUGCCACUUCACAGCUGCAUUCCUUUUUCACUGGGUCAGCGCUGCACUGUGAAUACCAACAAGAUAGAGCUUUGCUUGUUAACAAGCCCACUGCAGGGUGCGGUUGAGAGAGAAAUAAAGACUGUGUGUCUGUCUGUGAACUGCUCUUCACAUCCCCUCCUUCAACUGUUUUUGUAGCAAAGCAAAAUGAAUCUGUUGGUAUUGAUUACAUGAAUAGCACAAUCCAAGUAAUUUAAUUACGUUAUUCAAGCCUGUUUUGUUUUUUGUCUUACGACCAGGAGGACAUGAUUCAGUGCACAGACCCAGACUCUCUUCAAGUCAGCACCAAGGAUAUGGACAGCACCUUGAGCAAAGCAUCCAGAGCCAUCAAGAAGACCUCUAAGAAGGUAAAGGUAGAGGGAUCUGUUCUGGUUUUGUUAUGAUCAACAUUUGAAACUGUACCUUUACUAGUGAUGCUUCAUCAUCAGAUGAACUUACUGAGCAAUCAAGCAUUGUACAUACAGACUGCAGUUACCCAGUACAUACUCUGACUUCUAAUGUCAGUUAAGUGGUCAAUGUUCUCUCAGUAAAAUCAUGGCUUUUUCAGUGUGAUACAGUCUUCCCAAUCAGAAUAACAGAGUUUAUAGCUAUUUCUUUCAACAAACCCUGUUAGAAAGCAACUACAAAGGCGGUUAGCAUCAUAAUGCAGAUACAGAAUAUCAAGACUUUGUCAAAAGCAACACUUCUGUUGUAAAAACAACCAAGGAUGCUUUCCACAUUGUGGUGUAUACAAAACAGAGUUGCAAGCUACAGUGGAUAUAAAAUGUCUACACACCCCUGUUCAACUGCCAGGUUUUAGUGAUGUAAAGAAAUGACAGCAAGAUAAAUAUUUUUACAACUUUUUCCAUCUUUAAUGUGACCAGUAACCUGCACAAUGCAAUUGAAAAACAAACUGAAACUUUUAAGGGGGAAAAAUAAAAAAUAGAAAAGUUAAAAUAGCCUGGUUGCAUAAAUAUGCACACCCUUAAACUAAUACUUUGUUGCAGCACCUUUGGCUUUUAUUACAUCACUCAGUCUUUUUGGGUAGGAGCCUAUCAGCGUGGCAUAUCUUGAUGUGGCAAUAUUUGCCCACUCUUAUUCGCAAAACCGCUCCAAAUCUGACAGAUUGCGAUAUGCACAGCCCUCUUCAGAUCACCCCACAAAUGUUCGAUGGGAUUCAGGUCUGGACUCUGGCUGGGCCAUUCCAAAGUCUCAAUCUUAUUCCAUUGAAGCCAUUCUUUUGUUGAUUUAGAUGUGUGCUUUGGGUCAUUGUCAUGCUGAAAGAUGAAGUGCCUCUUCAUCUUUAGCUUUCUAGCAGAAGGCCGAUUUGUGCCAACACUGACUGGUAUUUGGAACUGUUCAUAAUUCCCUCCACCCUGACUAAGGCUCCAGCUCCAGCUGAAGAAAAACAGCCCCAAAGCAUGAUUCUGCCACGACCAUGCUUCACUGUGGGUAUGGUGUUCUUUUGGUGAUGAGCAGUGUUGAUUUUGCGCCAAAUAUACCUUUUGCAAUGAUGCCCAAAUAGUUAAACUUUGGUUUCAUCAGACCAUAACACAUUUUCCCACACGCGUUUGGGAGAUUUCAGAUGUCUUUUUGCAAAAUUAAGCCGGGCUUUGAUGUUUUUCUUUGUAAGAUAAGGCUUCCAUCUUGCUACCCUACCCCAUAGCGCAGACAUAUGAAGACAGCGGGAGAUUGUUGUCACAUGUACUACACAGCCAGUACUUGCCAGAAAUUCCUGCAGCUCCUUCAGUGUUGCUUUUGGCCUCUUGGUAGCCUCCCUGACCAGUUUUGUUCUCGUCUUAUCAUCAAUUUUGGACAGAAUGUCAUUGUUGUGCCAUAUUUUCUCCACUUGAUGUUGACGGUCUUCACUCUGUUCCAUGGUAUAUGUAAUUCCUUGGAAAUUCUUUUAUAGCCCUCACCUGACUGAUAUCUUUGAAUAAUGAGAUCCCUCUGAUGCUUUGGAAGCUCUCUGCGGACCAUGGCUUGUGCUGGAAGAUGUGGCUACAAAAACGCCAGGAAAAGCCUACUAGAACAGCUGAACAGGUUAUAGGUCACAUUAAAGGAAGAAAAAAUUGUGAAUUUAUUUAUCUUGAUUCAAGUUUUUUACAUGAUAAAAACCUGGCAGUUGAACAGGGGUGUGUAGACUUUUUAUAUCCACUGUAGCUGAUUCACACUCUGAUAAAACCUCCUUUACUUUUGUCCAAUAUGUUUUUCAUCUGACAAAGCUGUCAGCAGAUCUGCAGGAGAGACACACUGACUUGCAGUGCUGUGUCUGAGCCAACCAAGCAAUGGGACAGGGCACUUCUUUCUGUUGGUAGCACUUUGUAUUAGAGGUGCACAAAUAUUUGAAGUGAACCCUUUAAGUACUGCACCUAUGGUUUGUGCAGGUGCGUAUAUAUUGGAGAUAGGGCUGAAAUACAGGAGAGUACCAGGUAAAACGUGAGUGCUGGCAGGUAUGGACAUAUGUUUGGUUGACCAUAUUCUGAAGCCCCCUAAAGAGGACUCGACUAUGGGGGCCGAAAAUUUUAAGGGUUUUUUGUGUCAGGUCGAGUGUUUUUAUGUACUUUUAACUCGGUUAAAUGCAUAUUCUGAAUUCUCAAAGACAGUACAUGCAUGCAUCGUGUCAGAGGCUUUGCUUAGAAGUGAGCAGAUGGGCAGAGCUGCAGAGAGCACUGAUGCUCUGCCCUGUUUUAUAAUGAAUGAAUUCAUGUUCUGGACAUGUAAAUGAUUUUAUAAACUUCCCCCGGACAGCCCCCUAAAAGAAGACAUGUUCAGGUAAAAGAGGACAUAUGGUCACGCUAUUAUAUUUACCUUCCAUGCUGUGCUGAGAUAAAGCAGCAGUGGCUGACAAAUGGUGGAGAGCAUCGAAUACAUGUGACCCCUUAUAUUUGAUGCCGUGCCCCGUUGACAAAUGUUUAAGCAUGUUGCUUGCGUUUCCACCUUUGCAUGUUAUCACUGCUCAACAGACGUUGCACUGUUUUCUGUCUUUCUUUGUAAAAUUAAGCUACGCUUUAGAUCGUUUCUGCCUACUUUUUGUCCCGUCCGUCAUGUCUUUUUCUCUGUCUCUGUUCCCGUUCGUGUAGACUGGCACUUGCGAGACCAUUGUUCAAGGCACCUGGAAGAAAAGAAUCAUUAAGAGAAUCGUUGAGAUAAAAUGUAAAUGAUGUAGAUGGAUUGAACCAUUUGGAACCCGUUCUCCACAAGAACUGGCUCUCGAUUCCCAUCCCUACCCUACAUUAUAAAUUGUACUGUGAGAAAAGGACUAUGAAUAUUUCAGGCUCGAGUACGCAGAAACAUGGAUGAGCACAAGAGAUUGUUGAGACAAUUCCCUGAGCAGCUACAAAAUUUUGGACUUGAACUGAAACUGGUGGUGAUUCAUACUUUUUAAAGCAUGAUACUGUCUGAAACAGUUAAUAUAUGUGAAACUGUAAAACAUGGUUCUCAAAUGUUUGUUAUAUCAGAUUUUUGAGGCUGCUUAUGGAAUCAAUUGAGGGAACACUGGCGAGCAGAGAAAGCUUUAAGGUUUAAUAAGUGCUAUAGGCAGUCUUUCCACCAAUUUCUCAUUUACCUGUUUUUUUUCAAGUUCUCUGCUUUUCUUUAUUGCUUAUUUUAACAUUAAAGGUCACGUCAAUAAAGGAGGUCAUCAGCUGUUAAUUUUUUCAAAAAUAAGUUCGCUUAUUUUUAUUGUGUAUGUGAAUACUACUUAACAGUUCAAACAGAUACAAGUGUUAUUGUUAUUGCAUAUGAUAGCAAUAGGAGCAGCUAGGGCUGCAACUAACGAUUAUUUUCAUAACAGACGAAUCGGUCAGUUAUUUUUUCGAUUAAUCGAUGAAUCGGAUACAAAAAUAUUCUUAAUUUCCACCUUUUUAUUUCAAAAAGGAACAACAGAGCAAAUGAUUGCACAAAAAACGGGUUGCUGCUUGAAUGUUCUGUUACAGUAAUAUUACAUAAUGGUGAUUUAAAAAAAAAAAAAGUAAAAUAGCUUUCAGUCAAGACAGCUGCUUGCUGUGGUGUGCAAAAUGUCUUUCCCACCAUGAAUUCUGUUAUUGUUUUUUUGUGGAAUGAGCUGGACAGUACAGUAUAAGUAUGUAUUAUAGCACAAUUUACAGCAACUCAAUAAAUUCCCUGUUUUCUUUGCAGAAUUAGGUUAGGGCAAGCAAGUAGCCCAAUGAGCAAUUAAACACAGCACACACACAUGUAUCGCAUAUGUGUGUUUAUAUGAAAACAAAAAAUUGAAGCUUAAUCAUUAAAUUAUUACCACUGCAGGUUAUAUUUAUAAAGCACAUUUAAACACUGCAUAAUAUAAUUAAACUGAAAUAAAAAAUAGCACACUCACAUAUGUGUGUACUCUAUUACUGUCGAUAACCAGCUGACAAGCCAACAGCAGCAUCAGAUAAGCUACGUUAAGGUAUGUUACCUCACUUCGAAACGGAAGAAAUGUAGGAUAUUGUACCCUGCUGAUGAGCGCCCUUCACCCUCAUCGAUGACUCCAACAUGUUUGUGUUUCAGGGUAUUGCACGUUAUCAUCGUGGUGCUCCUGUGCCGUUUGAAACGCUUUUACAAAGCUUGCAUGUUGCGCUUCUUUAACUUUGGUAAAGCGUAAAGUGCUCCCACACUUUUGAGGACUGGAGACGAACCAUUUCCACUGCGUCCGCCAUUUGUAGAAUUUUCUUAAUUUCUGUUAAUACUGCCUCUGCCUCGCUGCGUUCAACUUGUGGUUGAGAUCUUUGGCUCCGUGUCAUGCCGAGUGAUGCAUAAAUCGCGUGACACAACGAAUCAAUAAUGAAAUUCGUUGCUGACACUUUUAAUAAUCAAUUUUUAUCGAUUUUAUCGAUCCGUUGUUGCAGCUCUUCUAGCAGCAAAAUGUUUGGCCUCUGAAAAAACAUGGCUCUUCAGAUGCUGGUCCCUCUCAGAAGCGGUCACAGAGGCUAAUGACAUUGUUUGGAGAGUAGAGAGUAGGGGUACUAAUGUCUUCUACCUUUUGAGGCAUAAAUUAGAAAUUAGUGUAUUUAUUUAUUGAUUUCCAGUGCUUGUCUUUUUUUUUUUUUUUCUGUCCGUUUUUUUUUUUUAAAAAUUGUCCUUCCCACUUAUGCUCUCUUUACAUAGCUUUAUGUCUAAGUGUGGCAGUGAUUGCUCUCAUUUAAUUCAGAACUUCAGGUGUUAGUUGAGUAGUCCAAAUAAUCAUUUCAGUGCUAAUUCAAAACCUUGUGAUCAAACUGAUGUAAUUUGUGCUUACUUGAUUGACCUGUGGGAACAUUUCUUAUUCUAUUCAAAUAACAAAUAACCACUCCUAAACACUGAAUCUUGGGGGAAUGUUUUGUUAAGUCAGGAAAGCUUUGGGUACUUUCUGUCUAUUUUGGAUAUGACCCAUAUGUCAGCAAGUGAGUUAUGGGGAUUUUAGUAGAAAAGGCUGUUUCUCCUUGUUAUUUAGGAAUCCUUCAAGUCCCACUCUGAUCGUAUUUUUUAUAUUUUUUUACUACUUCAGAGUGUUCUCAGUGGUUUUUAAAUUGUGAUUAUGAAGUUUUUACCAAAAAUCGCAUUACCUGUGUCAUUUUCAAGGGCUUUUCUUCUGCAGAACUCCAGUAGCUUAUUAGCAAUUCGCCUCUUGAGUCGUGGGCGAAGACAGCGCUGCUCUGCACACUUGUCCUUACGUUAGCUUGCAGCUUAACAUUGCUUGUGCAGCAGAAGUGGAAUGUAACAUAGGAGCUAUUCAGCUCUCAAACCUGAAAGCCUUAUAUGAUAAUGAGCUUUCUUACAAGCAUUGCAACCCACUAACGCACACACUUGCUCCACGAUCGUCCUCUAUAUGCACAGUGUGGCCUGCAUAGCGGGGCUCCGGGGAUGGAGCUUGGAUUGGAUUACGUAUGAACUCUCACUGUUUCUGAAUCUGCUGUUUGGGCCUGCCAGAGAUUUACAGUGAUUUGAAUGCAGAAAUACACAGAAAUGCAAUUUCGCAUUUAGUUUUCUCAUGGUAUGUCCUGUAGCAUCAGAAAAAUGCCAUAUGAACAUCUAAAAAACAAGAAAAACAUGAUUUUCAUUGGAGUGGUUCUUUGAGUGAGUUUUCGUUCAGUUGGAAAUGCUGUCUCUUAAUAUGGAAAGAUAAAAUAAGUAUCAUAUGGUGUUUCAUAUUGUAUUAUUUGUAUUGAAUUGACCUGUGUUAUAAAUUGACUACAUUUUUACUAAAUUAAAAAAAAAAGCUUUUGUAAUUGUUGUUACUGCUACUUGAUGCCAGGCAUAUAAGGUUCUCUGUCCAAAAGACAAAACAAGAACACUUACUGGUAUACUAUUGCAUUUAAAACAAGAUAAAUGUGACAUAUUAUGCAAUGGGUAUCGACAGUGACAGACAACAAUCCAGAGAGAAAGUGCUAUACACAGAUAUUUGAAAUGAAGAGGUUGAAAAUCCAAGCUGUCCUGGGCAAAAAUAACACGGGCCACAUAAUCUAUAUGUUUUCCUAAUAUUCUGUGUGUCUGUGCCAGGUGACAAGGGCCUUCUCUUUCACAAAGACCCCAAAGCGUGUGAUCCAGAGGGCGUUCAUGGCCAACAGUACUCCAGAUGAGAAGUGCCAGAGGCUGAGUUGUGAAAACCGCAUUGGCAGCAGCUCAACACUGGCUGUAAGUGUUUGUUUUUAAUGCAUGUUUGAAAAAAUCUUUUGUCUGUCAAACAACAUGAGCUGCAAAAAUUCAACUGACUCACAGAAUUUGCCUUUUUUUAACCUGAAAAUCACUCAUGUAUAAGCCAAACAAUUCUGUAAUUAAGCCUUAUCUAAAUUAAUUCUAGUGUGUAAUGAUUUAUCUCAAGUCCAGGAACAUUGUUUGGAUCAUAUCACAAACAUUCACUAAUCAUCAAGCAGAGUUCUUGUAUGAAAUUAAAUCGGCAGCCAACAAGUUUGUAAAGAAGGGUCCUGGUGAUCCUGCAAGAAUGGCUGAACAUGCAAACAUAUAUGAAGUUUGGCAACAUAUUACCAAAGCGAAAUAUAAAGAGGAAGACAAAUGCCGUUUAUGUUCAAAAAUCCUUUCUUGGCUGGGGGUGCCUCCAUGGCCGAGCACAGCAGUGCACAUAAAAGUAAAACAAAUACAUUACUUUGAGCGUCUUAGAGCUGGGAAAACAUCAGCAACUCUAACUGUUGCCAGUGCAGGUUGAUCAUCCUCCACCUCCAGUCAGGCAGUCAUACCCAAAUGUAGUACUAAGUCUUGUUCGUUAAAGACACUGGUGCAGUGUUGGAAUUGGCUGGACAAAAGCAUGUCAGCAAAAAUUGGGUUAAGUAUUAGGCAAAGGUAAAUAACUCAUAACCAAACAAAGCAGUACCAGUUCUUUCAAGAGUCCUUCAAAUAAUAUGAAAGUAUCAAUAACGCAACCAGUAAAGACUCAGAACAUUGAAAAGGGGUAUGAAAAAGAGUUAUCCCUGUCCCUUUAUUUGACCUUAGUGUUCCACAAAUGUAGGUAUUUAAAAAAGAAUAUAGUGUUCAGCUUAAAACUCACUGUUGCUGGUUUGAAGGAAGGAGAACAUGAGAUUCUGAAACUUGUAAUGGCUGAUUUAUUUGACCCCAAAAUAACUUGUGUUUAUUUGUAUGGAUAAUAGUGCUGGGCGAUAUGGAAAAAAAUGUAUAUCACGAUAUGGAUCAUUUUAUAUCACGAUAACGAUAUAUAUCACGAUAUAGCUAUGGUAUGCUUUCAGUUCUAUGAAAAAUUUAAGUGUAUACAGCUGCACUAGUUCAGUACCAGUACAAGACCAGCACUUAAAACUAGAAAAAUGAAUAAACAAAUACGUGGCUGAAGUGCGUUCAUGUCUGUGCUCACCCAAAGUUAUGUAACACUUACAGAAAACGCUGAUAGUGUGAGCCGAAGCACUCCAUAAUAAUAAUAAUAAUAAUAAUAAAUUUAAUUUGUAAUGCACUUUACAUUUACAAAAAAAUCUCAAAGUGCUACAGUACACAGUAAAAAAAGAGCAGCAACAAUAAAAAAAGCAAUAGAAUGACAGUCACAGAUUAGCAUAAAAAAGAAUUAAAAAAAAAAUAUAUAUAUAGAGUUGCAAUGUAAGAGGCAAGGUAGUAAAAGCAUAAAGCAUAGAGGAAAACUAACCAAAGGCUUUAUUAAAAAGGUAGGUCUUUAGGGCUCUUUUGAAGAGGUUGUUCACACUGCUAGAUGUUUCUCCUCCAAAGCUGCUCUCUGCCUCCAUCAUUGUUUACUUUACUCUUGAAGCACGUAGCAAGACCCGAGCAUGAAUCCGAGCGUUUUAUUCGCCUAUCAGGGGCAGACAGGUAAGGUGAUUUGAUUCGCCACGACUCCAGAAAUGAUUGAAAAACUACAGAAUGUCACAAAAUUACGUUUCCUCGCUGCUGGCUUGAAGGGUACAAAUGCGCAGCCGCGCUCCCAGCUGACAGGAAGUCAAACCGCUGUUGUAGUUCUUUUGUGUUGCUAGCGCGGUCAAGAGUGUUUACUCUCACUGAGAGAUGACUGCAAAAAUGGACGCACCUGUUCAUCUGGUUGUUAAACACGGCUGAAAAAGAUCAUCUUUUCAUGUUGUUCCCGCUCCUGCCCACUCCCGUUGCUUUUUUUCCUGUCCCGUCCCGAUCAAGAGAUUAAUAAAAAAAUGACUCCCAUCCCGCGGGAAUCACGUGACCCACGGGAAUUCCCGAAAAAAGUCAUCCUCCACAGGGAAGGUCCUGGAGCAGAUGAAACAGGUGCCGGAGCGGCUGAAAUAGGUCCCAGAUCCGAUCAAAAGAGGUCCCGGAUCGCGCUCCGACUUGCUCCGGCACAAAUUAAGCACUGCUUACAAUGAUCCCCUCACGUGUGUAACCCAGGUAACCCGCAACGGCGGGAGGCGCUGGACAUAAAGAGGGCACGUAAAGCGGCGUCAUGUCGCAAAAUCGAAAGAGAAAUGCAAGCCUACAUGUCAACGCAUCCUUUUCUUUGUAAGAAAAUAUUGUUUUCUUUCCCGUUCGACACCAAAUACACUUACUGAAUGUGCAAUUAUUGUUGUUGUUACUAUGAAUCAUCUGAUGGCACAAGCUCUAUGGAUUAAAUACAACCUAUCGCCCGAAACGAUAAGAAUAAAAAUGGCACGAUAGACAUUUUCUAUCGUGCCAACGAUAUAUAUCGUCCAAUCGCCCAGCACUAAUGGAUAAUACUACCCACAUUAAUCCAGAUGAUUGCUCACUUCAUUUCCCCUCAUCAUCAACAUUUGUUGGAUGUUACUUGUUUCUUUGUUUAUCCAUCUAACCAUUUAUUGUUUAUUCCCCUUCUGUUCUCUCCAUCUUGCUCUACUUUAAUAGUGAGCCAGGCUAUUGAUUUUUUCUUAAAAGUGUGAUGGGGUGACUUUCAGUUGGAUUUUUUUUUCUUUUGAUCAGACUUUAUUUGGAACCAACAAAGAGUUUCAUUUAUUUGCUGGAGAGUUAUUUUAGCUCUCUUUUUGCAGUUAUUUUUCUUAACCUGAAGAAAAUAACUGCAAAUCUCAUUCUAAUUGUUUUUUCUUCCACUUAAAGUGUUAUCAGUGGUCUUCAAAUUGUGAUUAUGAAGUUUUUAUCCAAAACUGCAUUACCGGUGUCAUUUUUUUUAAGGGCUUUUCUUCUUCAGAGCUCCAGUUGCCUAUAGCAUAUUCGCCUCUGAGUUGUGGGUGGAGACAGGGCUGCUCUGCGCCCUCCUCUUCAUGCAGUCAAACAUUGCCGACAUAGUAGAAGUAGCAAGUAACAAGUUAGCCACUCAGCUCUCAAACACUAAUGUUUUAGGGGGCAUGAUAAAAGUUAAUAUGAUAAUUUGCUUUCUAACAAGCAUUGCAAUCUGCUAAUGCACACACUAGUUCUGAUAUCGUUCUCUUCACUUCUCCGAGUCUGGCCUGCAGAGUGGGGGACCGGGGAUGGAGCAUAGAUUUGCUAUGUAGAAAAUCACACUGGCCCUCAUUUAUCAAGCUUGCGUACAUUAGUUGUGACAUGAGGAUUUGCAUUUAUCAAUCUGCACGUGAGUGUGCGCUACAACCAAAUCUCACGACAGGUCUGACAUUGUGUAUGCAAGUUUGAGUCAGUGUGGAUCUGCGUUGCAGCAAAUGUUUGUCUCAAAAUGAUUGAUAUACCGUAUUUUCCGCACUAUAAGGCGCACCGGAUUAUAAGGCGCACCUUCAAUGAAUGGCCUAUUUUAAAACUUUGUUCAUAUAUAAGGCACACCGCAUAGAAUAGACGCUACAGUAGAGGCUGGGGUUACGUUAUGCAUCCAUUAGAUGGAGCUACGCUAAAAGGAAUUAUUCGUUAAUGUUAAAUUCUCUCGCUGCUGCUCUAUUCCCGUGUUCUACUGCGUGACUGAUUGCCUUGAGUUUAAACUCUGCGUCGUAAGCGUGUCUCUUAAUAGGAGCCAUUUGGGGUCUUUACAUAAACACACAAAUGGAAAUGAAACGGCAUGCCUCGCGCAGUCAUAUAUCCCAGCAUGCACCGCGCGCUUCUUCUUCUACGGGGAAAAAUGAAGUCGGCGGCUGCUUACCGUAGUUGCGAGACCUGUUGUGGCUCAAUAUUGGUCCAUAUAUAAGGCGCACCGGAUUAUAAGGUGCACUUUCAGCUUUUGAGAAAAUUGGAGGUUUUUAGGUGCGCCUUAUAGUGCGGAAAAUACGGUACACUACAGGCCAAAAGUUUGAAAGCAAGGCCAUUACAGGCCAAACAGUUGGGAGUAACUUCAAGUUUUUGUUCACAAUGCUUUUUUUAAAAUCCAGCAUGAGUUUUAUGUAUAUUUAGGUCAAUAGUUUAUGUAAACUAUUGACUUGUUUUUGAUAAACUACCAACUUUUUGUCUAAUAAUGAAAAAAUAUGUUGAGAGCAAUAACUGUUGAAGAAAGUCAUUGAUAAAUAUUGUCAGCAGAUUGGGUUUUGAAGUCGCAUUUAUCUAGAAGCAUCAGUGUCUUAUUUCAGCCCUGUUGCUGCAUGUUUUUGAUACUUCCUAAUAGUGCUGGGCGAUAUGGAAAAAAAUGUAUAUCACGAUAUGGAUCAUUUUAUAUCGCGAUAACGAUAUACCACGAUAUAGCUAUGGUAUGCUUUCAGUUCUAUGAAAAAUUAAAGUGUAUACAGCUGCCCUAGUACAGUGCCAGUACAAGACCAGCACUUAAAACCAGAAAAAUGAAUAAAUAAAUACGUGGCUGAAGUGCGUUCAUAUCUGUGCUCACCAAAAGUUAUGCAACACUCACAGAAAACGCUGAUAGUGUGAGCCAAAGCACUCCAUAAUAAUAAUAAUAAAUUUAAUUUGUAAUGCACUUUACAUUUACAAAAAAUCUCAAAGUGCUACAGUACACAGUAAAAAAAGAGCAGCAACAAUAAAAAAAGCAAUAGAAUGACAGUCACAGAUUGGCAUAAAAAAGCAUAAAAGAAUAAAAAAAAUAAAGAAUAUAGAGUUGCAAUGUAAGAGGCAAGGUAGUAAAAGCAUAGCGGAAAGCUAACCAAAGGCUUUAUUAAAAAGGUAGGUCUUUAGGGCUCUUUUGAAGAGGUUGUUCACACUGCUGGAUGUUUCUCCUCCAAAGCUGCUCUCCGCCUCCGUUGCUGUUUACUUUACUCUUGAAGCACGUAGCAAGACCUGAGCAUGAAUCCAAGCGCUUUAUUCGCCUAUCAGGGGCAGACAGGUAAGGUGAUUUGAUUCGCCACGACUCCAGAAAUGAUUGAAAAACUACAGAAUGUCACAAAAUUACGUUUCCUUGCUCCUGGCUUCAAGGGUAGAUAUGAGCAGCCGCGCUCCCAGCUGACAGGAAGUCAAACCACUGUUGUAGUUCUUUUGUGUUGCUAGCACGGUCAAGAGUGUUGGCUCUCACUGAGAUGACUACAAAAAUGGACGCACCUGUUCAUCUGGUUGUUUAACACGGCUGAAAAUGAUCAUCUAUUAAUGUUGUUCCCGCUCCUGCCCAUAAAGGAAAGGCGUAUUACAGUUUUCUAUUUUAAGCCCGAUAUCAAUAUUUCACAUCAUAAUAAAGACGUUAUGUCAAUACUUGUAUAUAAGCUGCAAACAAGAAUGACCUUACAAAACUUCGCUGAGUGUGUUUUUGUUUCGCCAGCAUCUUAGACCGCUGACCCCUGAAGCUUUUUUAUUAUUCCUCCCCGAUGGUGAAACAAGUUAGUCGUUGGGCUGCCAUUAAAAACAACAACUCUCCAGCUCUUUAUGGAGAUUGGUUACUUCCAUCUUUUCAGAGCCAGACCACCUCCAUGUGAAGAAAGAUGUUCCCCGUAAAUCUAUCUGUGUUAAUUCUGAGGCUGGUGGUGUUUGUCCUCCCAUUGCUUUUUUUCCCGUCCCGUCCCGAUCAAGGGAUUAAUUAAAAAAUGACUCCCAUCCCGUGGGAUUCCCGCGGGAAUCACGUGACCCACGGGAAUUCCCGAAAAAUGUCAUCCUCUACAGGGAAGGUCCCGGAGCAGAUGAAACAGGUGCCGGAGCAGCUGAAAUAGGUCCCGGAUCCGAUCAAAAGAGGUCCUGGAGCGCGCUCCAGCUUGCUCCGGCACAAAUUAAGCACUGCUUACAAUGAUCCCCUCACGUGUGUAACCCAGGUAACGGUAACCCGCAACGGCGAGAGACGCUGGACACGAAGAAGGCACGUAAAGCGGCGUCAUGUAGCAAAAUCGAAAGAGAAAUGCGAGCCUAUUGUUUUCUUUCCCGUUUGACACCAAAUACACUUACUGAAUGUGCAAUUAUUGUUGUUGUUACUAUGAAUCAUCUGAUGGCACAAGCCCUAUGGAUAAAAUACAGCCUAUCGCUCGAAACGAUAAAAAUAGAAAUGGCACGAUAGACAUUUUCUAUCGUGCCCACGAUAUCUAUCGUCCUAUCGCCCAGCACUACUUCCUUAUACAAAACAGUAAGUAAAAUCACAAAUUUUGAAUUGACAUCACAGAUCAGGGAGCAGUUGUUCUUUAUGCAUAUUACUCAUGUUGUUACAUAUAAGGCCUGGUGAUUUGAAGCCUUUUGUUUUACCCCCGAAAAUGUUCCCUACUUUUGAAUUUCAUCAAAACAUGUCUGCUCUCUCUGUCUUGCCUUGCUUUGUAUUUUAUGAUGCAUAUUUGUGUCCUCUCUGUUAUGUGCUCUAGAUGUCUCGCUCUGCCUCAACAUUCAGUUUGAAUGAUUCUGCCAAGUCUAGUGCCAUGGUGCAGCGAUCCAACUCUUUGGACCAUCCUCCCAUCAGAGCCAGGGUUCCUGUCUGUGUGCGAACUCCCUGCAACCCAGACCAAAAACCCCCUCAUAGCCCCGUCCCGAACAUUCACCCUGAGUUUAACCAAGGCCGUAGCCCAAGUUACUACCCUAACUACCAAGAACGCAAGUCUAUCCUUCAUGCUCCACUGUCAACCAAAGCAGUCCAACCUCAAGCAGUCCUCUACAAUUCCCAACAGCCAGCUUCUUCUCCCUGUCCAUCUGCCACUUCUAUCCCAGCUGUCCCAAACCCCAUUCAGAUCAACACCCAAACCUCCCAGCCAAAACCUAGCCAGAAUGUGUCCAGACCUUCUGUAGGGUACCAGACAAGGUUCCAAGCUCUACAGCCUCUUAGUAACAAAGACAGAACCUUUUCUGACUCAUCUAAGGAUCCUCAAGUCUCCUUGGAUCCACACAAGGCUGUCCUGACCAGUCCUCGUAGGGAGACCCUGCUUUAAACCAUCUUUCAGUUCAGUCCAGGAGUCUGAUGUGAGCAAACAUUUUCGUUUUCUCAUUUCAUCUUGGGUAGAAAAAAAUACUAUUUCUAUUUCUUUGAAUUAAUUCCUCAUUACAUAUUCUCUCUUCGACUUUUAACACCCAAAUACCACUGGUGCAUUUCCAAUCCCAAAUCAACUCCUUAGAAGCUGAGACCCUAAGAUAAUGAUCAUAAUGUCAUUAUCAGUUAAAUAAUGAUUUACGUAACAGCUGCACUCUGAACCUCUCUGAUUUGAUUCAGUACAUUUAUACAGCAGUGUACGUGUAAAAGUUCUCUGUAGUAAUGUUGGUAUGAGUGUAAGGGCAGAGUUUUAAGGGUUGAUUUGGCAAAGCUUUGUUCCUGAAAAUCACCUGGGUUACUAACUGGUGUUGGUGGUGGCUGGUAUUGAUGAACAUUAUACAGAUGUAUAUAAAAGAUUAUGAUUAAGCUUGGCCAGUGUGAAACUGAAAUAAUGUUUUUUUUUGUUUUUUUUCCUUUCCCCAUUGGAAGCCUUUUUUUUCCAGUGGGAGCAAACUGUGCCUUCAGAGAAAUGCAGUUACAUUCAAAAAGUUUUUUUUUUUUUUUUUUUCUUUUUAAAAGUUUGCUGGGUUAAUCCCUGGUAGUAAUAGAGCUGUAAAAAGUCUGUAAAAGGACUUUUCAAAUGUGCAAGUACCUUUUGUUUAAAAAGACCAUCUGGUAUUAUUACAUUCACAGCUUUCCAACUUUUUCAGUGUACUGAAACUUUUUAAAACACAGUCAAAUACAAGAUCUGAUUUCCUCGCUUCAUUUUGACUGUUCCUUUUAAAAUAAACUUUAAGAACCAUUGACAAUUUCAGGAGAGGAAAAUAUCAAGUAUAAAUUGAGAUGUCAUAGCAUACCUUUAUUUUGGAUGCCAUGCUCUUUGUGUUUUGGCUUAUUUACAAAAUAACUCUCUCUAAAAUUAAAAUGUCAGUGUAUUCAUGGGAGUAAGACUGACUUCUCAUCUGAGGUUUAACCUGUUGUGGCAGAUCACCUGCUUUGUGUCUUACAUUGAACUCUUUGUGACAGCACAGUCAGUGGGCACUUUGUGUCCAAGGUUUACUGGAAAUAUAAAACAAACUUCCCCUCCCAAGAAACUGAGUUUCACAAAUCACAAAAGGAAUGUGUAUAACUGUCCUACCAGUUCACAAACUGUGUGAAAAACAAGACCAUGGAUCUGCUGUAUGCCAUCGUCAAAGAAGCCUACAGAGCCACUUCCUUACCACCACUGGGCAAGUCAGAUCAUAACUUGGUCUAUCUGCAAACCUGUUACAGACCUUGUGUGCUGAGGCAGCCUGUGACCAAAGUCAAAAUCAGAAGAUGGACACCUCAAGCAAGUGAAGCUCUAAGAGACUGUUUUAAAUCAACAGACUGGAAUAUGCUGCUGGAAACAGAUGUGGAUAGUAUGAACAUUGACAGACAGGUUGAUUGCUUUACUAAACGUAUCAACUUCUGUAGAGACACAGUUAUACCCACAAAAACUGUUCGCUGUUUCCCCAACAACAAACCCUGGAUCACAAGUGACAUAAAAGCAAUCCAUAACCAGAAAAAGAAAGCUGUUAAAGGUGGUGACAAAGAAUGACUCAAACAAGAGUUGAAGAGGAAACUGAAGAUGGCAAAGCUGGAAUACAAAAAGAAGUUAGAGAGCAAUAAAAAGAAAAGACAGCCAGUGGUGGGUGAUACGGAAAGAGCUGAUGAACUCAACCUGUUCUUUAACAGAUUUGACACUGCUGCCACACCCACUUCCACUGCUACUCCACCUUCCUCUCUGCAACAAAUCUCCACUACAAUUUCUCCCCUUCCUCCGCCAUCUCGUUCAAAUGUCUCAACCACUUCAACUGCCUCCCUCCUAGAACACCAGUCCUUGUCUGUCACAGAAACAAGGGUGCUUAGAGACUGUGCUGCAGAACUGUGUCAACCUCUCCACAUGAUCUUCAACCUGAGUCUAGAGCUGGUGCAGGUACCUGCUCUGUGGAAAACAUCCUGCAUAUUCCUGUACCAAAAACAAAAUGUCCUGCUGAACUCAGUGACGACAGACCAGUGGCCCUCACUUCACAGAUCAUGAAAACCCUGGAGCGGCUAAUUCUAUGCCUUCUGAGGUCUGAGGUCAAAGACAAACUGGACUCCCUGCAGUUUGCAUACAAAGAACACAUCGGAGUGGAUGAUGCUGUCCUCUACAUGCUUCACCCUGUCCUGUCUCAUCUGGAGGAACCUGGGGCUUAUGUGAGGAUCAUGUUCUUUGACUUUUCAAGUGCAUUCAACACCAUCCAACCUACCAUACUCAAAGACAAGCUCACAGAGAUGGGAGUGGAUCUUGCCUGUGUUUCCUGGAUCACAGAUUACCUGACAGGAAGGCCACAGUUUGUCAGGUUGGGGAACUGUGUUUCUGGGACAUUAAUGAGCAGUACGGGGGCUCCACAAGGGACAGUGCUGGCGCCAUUUUUUUCACACUGUAUACAUCAGACUUCAAAUACAGCACUGAGACCUGCCACAUCCAGAAAUACUCAGAUGACACUGCUGUCGUGGUGUGUAUCAGAAAUGGACAAGAAGCUGAAUACAGAGAUCUGAUAAGAGCCUUCAGUGACUGGAGUCACAAAAACUGCCUCCUCCUCAACACCUCAAAGACAAAGGAGAUGAUCAUAGACUCCACUCCCCUCUUCAGCCUGUGAGCACCUGUGGAGUUGACAUCAAAGUGGUGACAUCAUAUAAAUAUCUACAUGUACAUCUGGAUAAUAAGUUGGACUGGUCUAAGAAUGUAGACUUCAUCUACAGAAAGGGGCAGAGCCGCCUCUUUUGCCUGAGAAGACUCCGAUCAAUAGACAUUUGUAGUAACAUGCUGCAGAUAUUUUAUCAGUCUGUGGUGUCUAAAGUGUUCUGUUCUACACUGCAGUCUGCUGGGAAGGAAGUAUUAAACACAAAGAUGGAAGACGUCUGAACCAACUGGUGAAAAAGGCUGGCUCUGUGGUUGGAUUCAAGCUGGACUCGAUGGAGGAUGUGGAGGAGAGAUCUACACUGAGGAAGGUGGAGACUGUUCUCAAGAACAUGGAUCACCCACUUCACAACACCUUAACGGACCAAAGGGCCAAUGGUGGUGGACGGCUCCUCUCUCUCACACUUUACAACUGUUCUGUAAAUAGUAGUAGCAGUAUGACAAAUAAGACGACAGACAAUUGAAUUUCCCUUCGGGGAUUAAUAAAGUUCUUAUCUUAUUGACACUGGCAGAAUUCUCUGGGAUAAACUGUUGAUGUUUGUGCACUGACUCAAUCUCAAACAGACAUAGUUUCAUGUACUGGCACAUAAGUGUUCAAUGGCAGUGUUUCCCCACACAGUGACAAGGCUUUCAGUGGCCACACUAGUGUGUUUUUGGCUCCACACAAAUAAUGCCCGCUGUUUUUAAAUAGUGGAUUAAGGUUCAGAUCUAACAUACAAUGAUGCAUCAUCAUCAUUAUUACAAUAUGUGGGGAGCAUACUAAAGGACAACCCUCUCGCUCUCUGAUCCUCUGGAGGGUAUGUGAAGAUCAUCAGAAGCAAGGGGAAGAGAGUUUUUAAGAGAUUAAUUCAUUGAUCAUGAAUGGUAGUCAAAUGUAGAUAGAAGAAAAUAUAAAAAGUUAUAUACACUGUGUGCACAAUUAUUAGGCAAGUUGUAUUUUUGAGGAUAAAUUUUAUUUUUGAACAACUACAGUGCUCUCGGUCAAUCCAAAAUGUUAAUAAACCUCAAACCUUAAUAUUUAAGGGAGUAAAAGUGAGAUUUUGACUUCCUUAGGAGAAUAUCUAUGUGUGCACAAUUAUUGGGGGCAGCUAUUAGUGUGCAGAAUUAUUAUGCAACUAAAUUAAAAAUGAAAAUUUUUCCAUCUCACUUGUUUAUUUUCACUUGUUCAAGUGAGAAUGAUAAACAAACAACUCAAUUUACAAAAAAAAAUUGUUGAAAUUUAAAAAAAAAAAUCAGUGACCAAUAUAGCCACCCUUCUUUUCAUUAACAGUCAUAAGCCUUCCAUUCAUGGAGUCUUUCAGUUUCUUGAUCUGUUGACGAUCAACUUUUUGUGUUGCAGUAACCAAAGCCUUCCAGACACUGUUCAGAGAGGUGUACUGUCUUCCUUCACUGUAAAUUUCCUGUUUAAGAAGGGCUCACAAGUUCUCAACAGGGUUUAGGUCAGGUGAAGAAGGAUGCCACGUCAUUAUUCUUUCGUUUUUAAGGCCUUUACUGGCGAGCCAUAUAGUGGAGUACUUUGUUGCAUGCAAUGGAGCAUUGUCCUGCAUAAAAAUCAUGGUUUUUUGAAAGAUGCAGACUUUUGCCUGUACCACUGCUUGAAGAAAGUGUCUUCUCAAAACUGGCAUUGGAUUUGGGAGUUGAUUUUAAGUCCAUCUUUAACCCAAAAGGUCCAGCUAGCUCAUCUUUAAUAAUACCAGCCCAUACCAGUACCCCGCCUCCACCUUGCUGGUGUCUGAUUCGAAGUGGAGCUCUGUGCCCAUUACUGAUCCAGCCACGGGCCCAUCCAUCUGGUCCGUCAAGAGUCACUCUCAUCCCAUCAGUCCAUAAAACCUUUGAAAAAUCUCUCUUCAGAUAUUUCUUGGCUCAGUCUUGACGUUUCAACUUGUGUCUUGUUCAGUGGUGGUCAGAUUUCAGCCUUCCUUACCUUGGCCAUGUCUCUGAGCACUGAACACCUUGUUCUUCUGGGCACUCCAGGUAGGUUGCAGUUCUGGAAUAUGACAGCACCGGAGGAUAAGCGGUUCCUGAUACCUUUACGUUUGAGUCUUCUCAAAUCUUUGGCAGUUAAUUUGCGUCUUUUUUUCUUAACACAUUUCUUGCGGCCCUGUUGACUACUUGCAUCAAAAUGUUUGCUGGUUCUGUGAUCACGCCCAAAUAUCUAAGCAAUUUCAAGAGUGCUGCAUCCCUCUGAAAGACUUUUUACAUUUUUUGACUUUGCAGAGUCACUUAAAUCUCUUUUUUGGCCCAUUUUACCUAAGGAAAAGAAGUUGCCUAAUAAUUAUGCACACCUUGAUAUAGGGUUUUGAUCUCCUUAGGCCCCAGCCUCCCUCAUUACACUAAUACACAUUACCUGAUAUGCUUAUAUCCAAUAAGCAUUCAAGUUUAUACAGCUUGGAGUUGGAAAAUAUGCAUAAAAAUGAUGAUAUGAUCAAAAUACUCACUUGCCUAAUAAUUGUGCACACAGUGUACAGUCAGUUUCUGAUGGUGUGCUGAUCUGUCCUAGUUCUAGAUUAUGGCACAAUGUGUUUACAAGUCUUGUCCACAUGCAGAUCACCUGUUAUGACUAUGUUGUAUUACUUUACUUCAUACUUGUUUUCGUGAAAAAGAAGUAUGUUGCCAUGGUCAGGUAUUGGCCAGGAGUGCAGCUGGGUCACUUUCAGUCUGAGUUCAGAAAACACACUGAGGAUGUGGUAAUGUUACUGAUAUGCAGAUAAGUUCCGGCUUUGCUGGUCUGGUAAACCUCUGCUUUUCACGAGCCAAAGAUGGGGUAAUGUCCUGGUAAAAAGUUACAAAGUGUUUGUCUGUAGUGGCAACUUUCUUGAAUUGCUACCCAAACCAAUCUAAAGAAGACCUUGCAAAAGUAUGUAUUCUACCUUCUCUGCUGUGUCCACACUCUCAGACAUGUUGGUUAGUGUGGGACAUGUUUUAAACAUAGACCAUAUGUUGUUUAUCUGUGCCUGAUGGAAAGUGCAACAAAAAAGGCUUAUUUGAGUACUUUGCUAACAGUCAAUUAACUGAUUCCUAAUUGAUUGUCGACAUCACAUGCACCUCCCUUAGUUUAGCUUCAGUGUUUUGGCUGAGAGGGUAGUGUAACAGUGUUCGUCUUGUAUAUUCAGUAUUUUAAACAACAAAGGAGGACCAGAACUAACCUUGUCUGCUCACACACAAAUACACACCAACACUUGUAAUUAUUCUUGACUGCUGGCUAGAAUGCUAAUAUGACUUUAUUUGUGCUGCUCAAUCUAAAAAGCAAACACUAACUGUAAAUGCAAUCAUACUUGCAACACUGGCACAUUUGAGAAAGAGGUCUGAUGGGGCAAAUACACUACCAGCCUGAGGGUAUCAAAUUCCAUAGUUACUUAAAGUACAGCAAAUCUGUGCACUCGACUCUUAGAUGUCUAUUUGAGAAUGUAUGUUUUCUAGAAGUAAGUUAGUAGCGCUGAAUGUGAUACAGACAUGUUAACAUCUUAUUAAUUUUAAGACUGAUCAUGUUUGUAACUCAUUAAAUGAACUUUAUUGAUCCCCAAAGGUAAAAUACAUUAAAUCAUGAAGACUUAGCUUUAUGAAUGUGGUCAUGAUGCUGUGUCUUAGUUAUAAACAGGGUGCACUGAGUUUUUAAAACCAAAAGUUGUAAAAAAAAGACAAAUUUGUAAGAAUAACAGCCAUGUUCUGAAAUAGCACCAUUGAUCCUUUAACAAUAUUAUUGUUAUUGCCCGUCAGGUUUCUCUCCUCUUCUCUACACACAACAUUGCCUUUUAAUUUAUUUAUCUUUUUUGUUUUGUUUACAGGCACAUCAUUCCCCCUCAAUGGUGAAUCUGCCCUCCAUGUUUGAGAGGAAAUACCACACAUUCAGUCGUUCAACCACCCACCUCCUUUGA